AUGCAGAUCAUGAUUUCAAAGCAAGCAUCCAUUGUAAGUUCAUUUGCUGGAAAUAAAUCUAGAAUAGCAACUCUUGUCAGAGGCGAUGUGGGGGAUGAAGAAAACACUGAAGCUAACCUUUCAACUACUGCUGGUAGACAGUAUUACAGACAACUCAAAUUAAUCAGUGCAUCUUCCCUUUGUGAUAAAUUUUGUCACUUAAAAACAGAUGUUAUUACUUUGCUGAAACAGAUCAAUAGAAUUUCUUUUUCCUUUCUUACUGAAAUUAUGCUAAAAAUAUUGGGAGAUCUUAACUUUGUAACAUCACUGCCACAACAGAAGAAUCUGGAUAUCAAACUAGCAUUUAAGCUUACUGGCUGUGUUGGAAAGCAGUUGCAAGAAAUGUGAAAUUACAUUGUUUUCAACAACUCUUUCUGAAGCAAAGCAUGUGACUGCAGACCAUUAAGCACCACCAAAGCAUCUUUGUAAACUUCCACACAAAAUUUCCUCGGUGUUGUUGAUGGGUGAUGAUGUUAAUUUUGAAGAAAGAAAGAACUAAACUUCAGAAGGUUUUAUAACAGAAUUGCAUGGACAGGCCGAGUCCCCCAAACCCUGGGCAGCCCCCAUGUGGAAUAAUGACUCAAGACAACGUGCUAUGGGAUUAAAAUUGGCCACAACUUUAUUAUGUUUCAGACGUGGGUAGACCUUGGCUCAGGCACUGGGUGUUUAUCCCUCCCAGUCCCCCCCCCCGGGGAUCUGGGGAACAUCAGGGUUAUCCAGUGGGGGGGGGGAAUGGGCUGGCUCUGGAGAACAUAUGUUCAAGCAGAGAGAGCCUGCCCCAGUUAUGCCGCCGUCGCAGGGGAGAGCAAUGACAACCUCUAGGCGUACGGCCAAAGCCUCCCCUCAAACAACCCCUUUAACAGAGAACCCUGGUAUUGCCGCCACAAAGAGGAGGGGGGCGUGGGUCACCGGGAAGAUAGCCUAAAGGAUUCCUCCCACGGCCUGAUACCCCCAAAGUUGUGAUGCUUUGCUGCAGGAAAGGCAAACCUAAAGGAUUCCCAUCUUCAGGGAAGAUAGCCUAAAGGAUUCCGCCCAAGGCCUGAUACCCCCUAAGUUGUGACGUUUUGCUCCGGGAAAGGCAAACCUGCCAAUGCAGGAGAAUUCCUUUCCGGCCCUUCAACAGCGACCUUGACGUAGCAGUGCCCACAUACCUGUGGAGAAAAGGUUAACCUGCAAAAGAAGUCUUAACUGAGGAUGGGGGAGUGGGAGAAGCUCUGGAGCCAACUGACGAUUCCCAGGUAAGAUCCUCCUCCUAUUGUGUGGGUAGGUAUUCCCUCCCCCUACCUGUUUUGAUCACCUUGGCAAUGCCUCCCCAGGCGGGACUGGGCAACUGACUGAGGUAGGCGGAGACCUCCAGGUGCGCGCAACCACACAAAGGGCACCCCCCAUUUAAUGUGGGGAGUGGUCAUUACUGACUGUUGAGUACAUGAAACUAGGAAACAGAUUCAAAGAGAAAGACUAUAAUGUUGUAGUAGUACCUUACAAGCAUUUACUCCAACAUGGGAAUGAGGACAAUUUGAAUUAAUUAUGUGAAAUAGUGAAAUACAACACAGACAACCAUGAAAAACUAACAGGCUUAAGUUGGCAAAUUCCCUUAUUUGAAUCAUAGAAUCAUAGAAUCAUAGAGUUGGAAGAGACCACAAGGGCCAUCGAGUCCAACCCCCUGCCAAGCAGGAAACACCAUCAGAGCACUCCUGACAUAUGGUUGUCAAGCCUCUGCUUAAAGACCUUCAAAGAAGGAGACUCCACCACACUCCUUGGCAGCAAAUUCCACUGUCGAACAGCUCUUACUGUCAGGAAGUUCUUCCUAAUGUUUAGGUGGAAUCUUCUUUCUUGUAGUUUGGAUCCAUUGCUCCGUGUCCACUUCUCUGGAGCAGCAGAAACAACCUUUCUCCCUCCUCUAUGUGACAUCCUUUAUAUAUUUGAACAUGGCUAUCAUAUCACCGCUUAACCUCCUCUUCUCCAGGCUAAACAUGCCCAGCUCCCUUAGCCGUUCCUCAUAAGGCAUCGUUUCCAGGCCUUUGACCAUUUUGGUUGCCCUCCUCUGGACACGUUCCAGUUUGUCAGUGUCCUUCUUGAACUGUGGUGCCCAGAACUGGACACAGUACUCCAGGUGAGGUCUGACCAGAGCAGAAUACAGUGGCACUAUUACUCCCUUGAUCUAGAUGCUAUACUCCUAUUGAUGCAGCCCAGAAUUGCAUUGGCUUUUUUAGCUGCCGCGUCACACUGUUGGCUCAUGUCAAGUUUGUAGUCAACCAAGACUCCUAGAUCCUUUUCACAUGUACUGCUCUCAAACCAGGUGUCACCCAUCUUGUAUUUGUGCCUCUCAUUUUUUUUUGCCCAAAAGAAAGAAAGUCACUGAUGUAAUUUGCAUAUCAGCUCGCAAGAUAUGGAUUUAUAUUUCUCGGACUUGGUCUUUUGGUUGAGACUGCAGUGACUUUUCCAAGCAAUACUGCAGCAGUCAAAAUGGGGGGUUACAGCACUAGACUGUUGACAUCACGAUUUAAAUUCUCACCCAGUUACUAUCUCUCAGUCCCAGCCCACUUCACAGGUUUGUUGUGAGGAUAACAAAAGGGAAGUGUUACCCUGAAGUCAUUGAAAAAAGAGUUGCUUGGAAAUGUGAGACACAGAAGACCAGAAGUAUAUUUUUGCUUCAUUUUGUUUGUGGUAAGUAUGUAGUACUAUUUUUUGACGAUAAAUGCCACUGACAGCUAUCAGUAUAAUGGUCUUUUGGUUUCAAUGGCUUUCUGUAUGCUUAAUACUCUGUUGGAUUGUAGCUAAUGUAUUUGGGGGUAUUAGGAUGGGCCAUAGAUUCCUCACAGCUACUGCCCACUCACAAACACCAGCCCUAAGUAAGAGACACCAAUGGAUAAUUACAAACUCAAUUGGACAAGGAUUCAGUAUUUUUUUGAAAAACAAGAAACUACCAUAUACCUUCUUUGCUUAGGCAUAUUUUUCUUGAUUUGGUGGAAUUAUUAUUAUUGUUGUUUAUUUUAUUACAAUUAUUAUUUGUAUAGCACCCUUCAGCGAAAGAUCUCAGGGCAGUUCACAAGAUAAAAAUACAAGAUAAAAGCACAAAUAAACAGUUAAAAUAGAAACAACAAAACAAUAACCCCUCCCUCCCACAAACCCAUUUAAAAGGCUGUGGAAUAUUAAUCAGCCACAAAGGCCUGGUUGAAGAAAUCCUGUGUAAGUGAAUUAGGUUUUAACAGGUAUUGUUUCAUGUGUUCUGACAUCUGUACUGUAAUGUAUCUGAUGCGGGAAGUUUUCACUCUGGUCCAGUGAAAGUUUGUUUAACUGUUGCUUGAGGCGUCAACUGACACCUGUGAGGAAGGUUGGAAUUAGAAUUCUCAGUAUGCAAAAGAGGGAUUGAAAGCCUGCAUAUUUUGAUUGGUGGAUGCAGGGUUAGAAUUUUCAGUUAGGCAGUGUGAUUGGCUGGGGCUACUGCAGAAGGGCCAAAGGAAGUGUAUAUAUAGCCAGGUGCUGGCCAGAAGAGCAGCUGUUGGUGUCAUGGAAUCAGUCAGAAGGAGGAGGCAGCAGAGGACCAGGACAGGUGAAGAAGAAGAAGGAGGAGGAAGACAUGAGAAGCAAGGUAGGGCAGUUUGGUGUCCAAAGUCUUGGGGAAUAGCCAAAACACUUGACUUGGACUGAAGAGACAAGUGGAGAACCUGUCUGCUCAGCUGAGGAGCAAAGUGGGAGGCAGCUUGGGAUGUUGGUUUUGGGGGAUUGGAAGGAAUACCUGAAGGAAGAUUUCCUGGUCUGUGCAGGAAGACAAACUUGGACUUCAGUAGGUCAACAAAGGGUUAGAAAAGAGACUUCCAGCUGAAUCUGCAGUUAUCAUGUUGGUGAGGCUUAACUGGCUAGAGAGAAUAAAAGGGCAAUUUGGCUGGUCUUUUAACAGGGUAGUUAACUACUUCCUUAAAAUAUAACAUUAAUAGUUGGCUAUAAGCUGUUGGCUUUAAAGUGACCCCAACAAGUUAAUAAAAUGUACACUCAUUUAAGGAGACAUGCGGUACUAUUUUAAAGUAACCAGAUAAGGUUGUGGCCUUAAUCUGUUGAACUUCAGGUGCUAGACAAAGAUUUUUCUAACCCAGCAGGCAUUUUAAGGAAUUGUUUGCUUUCAUUAUUAAUUUUAAUUGAUUUUCACCAUUGUGAGUUUUGGGGAUUCAUUCUAUUUGAUAUGCGGCAAGCUUUUUGCUUUUUUUUUUAUGUACAGCACUUAGAAAUUCCAGUGAUUGAGUAGUAUGCAAAUAGCUUAAGUAAGUAAAUAAGUAAAUAAGUAAGCAAAAUGACCCUUGGUGGGGAGGAGGAGUUAGUCCAGUUGCAGCAGGGUCUGAGGUCUUGAUUGUCUCUCUGUCUUGUUCUUUGGGUAGAUGAUUCUGUUGGGGAGGGAUAAUUCACCUGGAGCAGGCUGAUAUUAUAUUCACCUGCCUCCUCACUCCUCUGUUCCUUCCAUCAGUGCAGCUGUUAUUAGUAGGCUUUGCCUUUUUUCUUUUUUAAAGCUAUACAUGCAGUAUUUAAAGUGGGGGGGGGACCCACAAAGCUGAUUUUAGAGAAGAGUGAACGGCAAGCAACCCCAUUUGCAACCUAAGUUAUCCUACAGUGCAGUUGCAGCCUUAAGUAUAGCUGGCAGCCGCCUGGAAAAUAAGUAAACAAGGCAAUUAUUGGCGAUGCCUCCUUCUCCGAUGUAUUCUUUGCUAGCUUUCAUAUACUUCAACUGAGCAGAGCCACGGAUGAAACUCCAAAGGUGUGCAGGUCAUUUGUGGGAGGAAACCUACAGGGGAUUUCUGGAGAGAACUGUUUUUUCAUGCGUCUUCUCCACUAGCAGAAAAAUAUACUGUACCUGCAGUUGUCUGCUCAUCCUAGGGGCUUCUGAAAAAUUCACAAGCAUUUUCUUUCAUGUUGUGAAAAAGUGGGAAGUUGGGGAGAAGUGGAAGAGUGUUGUUCUUCCAAUCUGUGUAUUGAAGGCACUGAAUACAUCCCCCCCCCCGGUGCAGCAAGCAAUGUGUGUAUGUGUGAAAACACACACACACACACACACACACACACACAUAUACACAUAUAUAUAUAUAUAUAUAUAUAUAUAUAUAUAUCAGGAGCAAUAUUUCAAACUGAGCCAGGGUUGAAGAACCAACAAUAGUAUCUCAGCCCACUGACUCAUUCUACUGAGAGCUAAGAGACCAAAGAGCUCUUUAAACCUUCCUCCAUUCUGGGAUGGACAGUGAUGUUGAUAAAGCCCUCUUUUUUUGUACUGUACAUACUUAGAGGCCCAGUUCAGUCUUUAAUUCUAUACCAAGGGGCAAGAGAGGCUACAAACUUAGAGCUUGCUCAGUCAGUAGACCACGAGACUCUUAAUCUCAGGCUCAUGGGUUUGAGCCCCAAAUUGAGCAAAAAGACUAGAUGAUCCUUGUGGUUCCUUCCAACUCCACAAUUCUCUUGCGGUCAGACAGUGGAAUGGACUCCCUCGGGAGCUUGUGGACUCACAUUCACUGGAGGCUGGAUGGCUAUCUAUCCAUGGAUAGAGCUUUUUUUAUAUAUAGGAAACCACUAAAAUUGUUGAGCCUUUUUAAGGAAAGUCCCAAAAUUGUUGACUAUAAGACUCUAUAAGACUCACUUUUCCCCUCCUAAAACAUAAGGGGAAAUGUGUGUGCGUCUUAUGCAGGCUGCGCACCUAUCACAGAAGCCAGAACAGCAAGAGGGAUUGCUGCUUUAACUGCGCAGUGAUCCCUCUUUGCUUUUCUGGCUUCUGAGAUUCAGAAUAUUUUUUUUCUUGUUUUCCUCCUCCAAAAACGAGGUGCAUCUUGUGGUCUAGUGUGUCUUUUAGAGCGAACAAUGCGGUACCUAAAAUCUGGGACAAAGUGCCGCCUGGACGUCAAUUCUGAAUUUGAAAUUCCAGCCCUAAAAUUAAUUAAUUUAGGCAGCCCUAAAUUAAUCCUUGUUUCCUUUCUGGUGUGAACAGCAAAAGAAAAAAGCAACUUGAAAUGAGGUGGGUGGAGGAAGUGACCUCACUGCAUAUAAAGUCGCUAAUGUGUGCAUAUUAGCCUAUAAGCUAUGAGCAGGGCAUUUUAUUUCUCCUGUUUCCAUUUCCCCUGGCUAACGCAAAAGAUUCUCUGGCUACUGAGCAUGCUUAAUCCUCACUGAACUCGCCCCACCUUUAAUUACUUCUUUGCAAACACCAUAUUUCUCCCUCUUAAUUCUCAUUGCGGUCCCAUUUGGGCUUCAAUCCUGUUGGCGCCCAUCACCUGGGUUUGCUAUUAGCAGGCAAGGUUAGCUGUCCCUUGCACCAACCUGAUUCUUUUCUGUCCACACAAUUUCUCUUUUUUAUCUGUCCUCUUUUCAAAUGAAAUGUCCGUUUACUAUUGCUUGCCAUGUUUUCAUUUACAGCUGCACACACACAUAGGAAUUCUUCACAGAGCAUGGCCAAAAUAUAGGGCACAAUCCAGGCAAAGUUUGGCAGUUUUAAAUCCCAUUGAUUUCAGUGCGAUAGCCUGAGCACAUAGCUAACUCUCUGAUUGAAAUCAAUGGGACUUAAAAAGUGCUUAUCUUUUGCUGAGGCAGGCCUUUGCUAUUUCCUGAUGUUUAGCCAUGACUACUGGAGAGUUAGCUUGUGGAAUUCUUAAAGCUGCCCACUUUCCUUAUGCCUUUUUAAAUACCUCUGAAAUAAGGUGGGCUUGCAGGUGUUUGCAGUAUGGCUGCUUAUUAUUACUGCAAGGCGGAAGUACCUGUAACAUUGGUGCUAAUUACUUCACCCAGUAGAUGGCAGUGUAGAGCAAGGUAAGAUUUGAUUAAGGAGGAAGAAACAAAAGGUUAUCAGACAGGAGCAGUCUGGCAUGAGGUGAUCUUUUCUAUCAUCUGCAGGAUUUUAAGGGGUCUGUAGUUCACCUGAAAACAGGAAAGCAGUUUUCAGCAAGAGAAACAACAAAAAAGCAGCAAAAAAAGGCAGAGGCAGUUUCUAACAGAACAGAUGUUCACAGGUUAUAGGGACAGAUUGCUGUGUAUUCUAUGCCUGUGAGAAUGGUUUGGAAACUAGCAGAUCAUUGAGACCAGAGAAAUGCAGGAAGGUAAGUAGAUAUAUAAUCUACAUACCUUCCUGCAUUUCUCUCAUGAAAAUAGGGACGUCUUUAUUUAUUUAUUUUAAUCCUUCUGACUGAGUUGUCCCAGCCACUCCCAGCAUAAUAAAACAUUAAACAUUAAAAAAAAAAAAAUUCCCUAUACAAGGCUGCCUUCAGAUGUCUUCAAAAAGUUGUACAUGCAAGCUCAAGAGUCCAGUUCUUAGUUACAAGUUGUUUAAUGACUAGCUGCAGUGAAAACACUUCAAAGAGAGGCAGGGCCUAACAUUUCUGGUGUCUUAACUGCUCAGAAGGGGUGACCCUGCAUCUGGAGAUGAGUCGGGAGGACAGGAAUGAGGAACAGUCAUCUCCUUAAUACAUUUUUUUUUUUUUUACAAAAACUCCCCUCCCAGGAGGGGUGGCAUCCAUUUGUGGGUCCUAACCAAUCAGUACCAAAGGUUCACAUUUGGCCAAAGAGGCCAAAUAGUAGGAGUUGACAAGAAUUUUGAAGGGAAAAGGGACUAAGCAUAGGUCACAAGCACUGUAUUCAAUCCCAUAGCUACCUACUGUGAGUUUGAAAUCCCACCGGAUCUUGCUAAUUGUUUCACUGCUUUACUGGUCGCAUGUUUGCUGCUUUAAACUUUAGCAUCAGGCAAUGGUCGUUCUUACAUACAUACAUGCAUACAUACAUACAUACAAGGUAAAGGGGCCUCUGACCAUUAGGUCCAGUCAUGGCCAAUUCUGGGGUUGCGGCGCUCAUCUCGCGUUACUGGUCGAGGGAGCCGGCGUACAGCUUCCAGGUUAUGUGGCCAGCAUGACUAAGCCACUUCUGGAGAACCAGAGCAGCGCAUGGAAAUGCCGUUUACCUUCCCGCUGGAGCGGUACCUAUUUAUCUACUUGCACUUUGAUGUGCUUUUGAACUGCUAGGUUGGCAGGAGCAGGGACCGAGCAAUGGGAGCUCACCCCAUUGCAGGGAUUCGAACCGCCAACCUUCUGAUCGGCAAGUCCUAGGCUCUGUGGUUUAACCCACAGCGCCACCCGCGUCCCAGUACAUACAUGCAUACAAACAUACAUAAUCUAUCCCAGCUGCUGCAGAACUUUGAGGAGGCCCAGCCCAUUCAUUGAAUAAUUGGGGGGGGGGGACUUCCCCCUCUCUGCUUGGCGCAUCUGUUCAGUACUUUGGUAAGCCUGAGUUGGCUAGGGGGGUUGUUAGGCUAAGGACUCUAGAGCAUCUCAGCUUCAAAGGCAGACUAGUAGGGUAGUAAGCUGAAGCCAGCAAAGGGAAUCUUGAACUGCACCCCCAGUGGGGAAUAUGGGCUAAAGUAGAUAUGGUGUUAAAUGUGUGGCUGCAUUUAGCAUGUAAAUUUCCCCACCCAAGAAAUAACAGCCAUCUAAUGUGAGAAACUUUUAUAUAUACACAGCUGAUUCUCAGACAGACAUUGGGUUUACCAAUGAUUCAAUUUAUACAAAGGUAUGUUUGGAGAUUUGUACAGUGUGCCACCUCUUGCUCGGAGAGUUUGCUCUGUGGUGUGCUUUGCUUGCACUGAGGAAACACACUGCAACAUGCAGUCUGCCUAACCAAACCAACCUGAUUGGCAAGUAGCCAUACAUGAUAAUGGUUCACGACACAAAAAGAUUUUACAAGAUCACUUUGCAGAAUAGCUUCACCUGGCAAAUAGCUUUCUGAGAACUGGAAGUGACAUAGUUAUAUGGCGAGGCAUCUUGCACACAACAAAUUAAUCACUGUAAACCGUUUACUUGGACCUAAUUAAAGUUAAAUGGUAAGAUGUCAAAAUAAAGAAAAGACUCUUUUGCAAUGGAUUACCUGUGCUUUUUGUUUACUUGUUCCUAUUUGCAAAAAAAAAAAUUAAGUCUAUAUGAAUAUUCCCAUCAUUAGUGUAAAUGGGUAGGUUUGGCUGCAAUUUGCCUUGCAGUGUUGCCAACUCACAGUUCACAAUCAAAUUGCUGUACUGUGUUAUAUUGCCUUAGUUGUGGUCACAGUAGCCUGGGUCAGGAUCACUGCACUUUGUUCUGUAUAGAAAUGAUCAGUAGGGUAUUACACAAACCACCUUCAGCCAGAUCCAGACCAAAAGGAGUCCCCUCUAGGGAAGUUAGGAGGCCAUCUCAUCUCCCACCAGCAGCCCAUGAUUCAGAUAAUUUAUGGUUAUCUCCAGGAGCACUUACAUUCCUGGCUACUUGAUGGUUAUUGUUAUAAAUCAUGAAAUAGACAUAUGCUAGGUCUGUCUUCCACAACUUGGUGCCUACCCGAUGUUUUAGACUCCAACUCUCAUCAGCCGCUCAACAGGGAUGAUUGGAGUUUUAGACUGAAACAUCUGGAGGUCUCCAGGUUAAGGAAGGCUGCAUUAGGUAUAUGCAUGCCAAAGGCACAAACGUGUUUGCUUUAAAGAGGGCAACGGACUUGAGUUCAUAAAGGUAAAUGGACCCCUGACCAUUAGGUCCAGUCGUGGCCAACUCUGGGGUUGCAGUGCUCAUCCUGCUUUAUUGGCCGAGGGAGCCGGCGUACAGCUUCCGGGUCAUGUAGCCAGCAUGACUAAGCCACUUCUGGCGAACCAGAGCAGCGCACGGAAACGCCAUUUACCUUCCCGCUGGAGCGGUACCUAUUUAUCUACUUGCACUUUGACGUGCUUUCGAACUGCUGGGUUGGCAGGAGCAGGGACCGAGCAACGGGAGCUCACCCCGUCGCAGGGAUUCAAACCACCGACCUUCUGAUCGGCAAGUCCUAGGCUCUGUGGUUUAACCCACAGCGCCACCCGCGUCCCUAUGAUCUGAGUUCAUAGUUAAGGAGAAUUAAAUUAAGUUAAGUUAAGAUAAGUUAAGUUAAGGAGAAUUAAGUUAAGGAGAAUUAAGAAGUAACCACAAUAAAUGCUGUCAAACUGUUUUUAUUCAGUCUUGAAGAUAUCCAACAGGGGUCUCUGAACCUUACGGAGAAUCUUUUACCCUCACUAUGAAAUCUCUCCCCAGCCUCCCAUUUCACGUCCUAAAUCAUGAGCAAAGUUGUCUAUGACGGAGCAACAAGGGGUUCUUAAGAGCACAUUUCCUGGUUCUUUUUACCAGCCGUGGGAUAGCUCAAUUGGUUAGAGCAUGGUGCUGAUAACACCAGGGUUGCACAGGGUUCGAUCCCCAUAUGAGACAGCUACAUAUUUCUGCAUUGAAGGGGGUUGGACUAGAAGAUACUCAGGAUCCCUUCAAACUCUACAAUUCUUUGGUUCUAUGUGAUAACACACAAUACCCUCAUCCCUUUUUGAACAUACAUUUAGCUGGGUUUUCAUUGCUGUGAGAAUAACGGAUUGCAUGCAGGAAAAGCUUCACUCUCUUGCAUAAAGGUUACAAUAAUAAUAAUAAUAAUUAAUAAUAUGAUGCUCAUCUGACUAGGUUGCCCCAGCUACUCUGGGCUGCUCCCAACAAAAAACAGCAAAAACACAAUACACCGAACACUAAAAACUUCCCUGAACAGGGCUGCCUUCAGGUGUCUUUUAAAAACCACAUAGCUGUUUAUCUGUUUGACAUCUGCUGGGAGGGCGUUCCACAGCGGGGGCAUGACUACCAUAAAGGUUCUCUGCCUGGUUCCUCUUGCAAUGAGAGAACCACCAGAAUACCCCUGGGGCUGGAUCUCAGUGUCUGGGCUGGACGAUGGGAGUGGAGACGCUACCUUUUAACCGUGUAGGUGGUGCAGGAGAGGAUGCUGCUACUGCGCUUUGAAAUGCAUGGGAAGUAUUUCCAAGGAAUACGUGAGAUACAGGGGGGGCUGAAGCCCCCUGGGAAUGGGAGGGUGGAAAGCAGAGAGACCAACAGUCGAUGAAGCAAGAGCCAAUGACAGGCACAGCCACCUCUGGAUUAAUUAUAAGUGAGACAGUAGGCAUCAGCGCUUGAGUAAUGUUCACACUAGGAGAGGGAGGGACUCAAUGGAUGCUAUAGAUGGCAUAUUCCAAUGUCCUGGGCUGGGUUAGUAUAUGUUGCCUGCCUGCCUGCCUGCCAGUGCACGUAUUGCUCCAUAUGUGGGUGUUGCGCUUUUCUCUGAGGAAGAAUCGGGCCUCAGAGAUUUAACCUCAAAACUCAGGGUUUGAGCAGGUUUAUUCCUGGAUUUAAACGUGAUUUUAAACACUGCUCGAAAAGCACUAUAUGUAUCAGCCUGCAAAUACUGCAGCAUUAGCAAGAAGUGUGUAAAUUGUGACUUACAUAUUUCCUGUUCCAUGCAGUUUGUAAAAUUCACCAUUAUCAUAAAUUUCACCGCAGUUAGGCUUAAUAUAUGCAAAGAUAAAUCUAAUAAGAUGCAAAGGCCCUGAAGAUCAGAAUGUCAUAACAUUUACAGACCAUGAGGAAGGAAGCAGACCCUCAAGGAAGCAUCUACCAUAAAUUACAGACAAAAGGCAAAAAGGGAAAGGGGGGGGGAAACGGUGGGGAGGGGGAGAGAGAAGUCAGAGUCAGACCUUUCCAAUAUACAAAAAACAUCCCCCAGACAGUUUGCCAAGCUAAUGCUGCUUUUUGGUUAUCCAUUGUUAACGUAUAGGUCAAUCCAGUGAGCAGAUGAACAAGCAAAUAGUUAUAUAAUUCAGAGGCUGUGAUGCGCAUGGGGAGCUCCAUGCACACAGAGGCUUCCCACUUUAUGAACAGGCUGUGAUAUAUUGAUGGCAAUGCUGCCACCAAGCAGAAGGCAUCUCCUUCUGCAAGGAGAAACUAUUUAGCCUUGGCUGAAGAACUAACUCUCAUUCAGGCAAUAAGGAAGGGAGGCUCUGUGCGAGAUCAUUUUCAGAGAGCCCCUGCCAUGCGUGCCAUGCUGGGGUUGGGGAAGUCUUGUGUCCUUUGCUCAGCAGUGCCCAGUUAUUAUUUAUAAUAAUAAUUAUCAUUAUUCUGCCUCAAGGCAGCUCACAAAAAUUAAAACAAAUACCAAUAAAACAGGCACAGUUUAAAACACAUGGAAGGUUAUGGUUAAAAAGUAUUAAACUAUCUAUAGAAUUAAAACAAUGCAAAUAAAACCCCCACAUCUAUUUAAAUGCAGAUGGGGGGGGGGGGAGAACUACAGUACAGUACGCUAAGACCCCUUCCUUUAAAAGCAGUCACUUCCCAAAAGCCUGUUGGGAUAAAAUAGUCUUCACCUGCCAGCCGAAGAGCCUGGGCAGGUUCAUAUUGUGCAGUCCUUCUGAUAGCCCGUACCUAAGUCGUUUUCUCUUCCCAGUCAGCAAUGUAUAAUCUCAAUUAGGCAGUAUUGGUGCCCCGCCCUGUCCCUCAAGGCUACUGCCUCCUCUGCAUGUACAGGCUCAGCAUCCUCCUCUCCACCAAGAAGAGCUUGGCUGGACCACGUUGCUGUUGAGGAAGAUUCAUCACGCUAGUGUGCAACCAGGAAGCCGCCUCUGUUAAGCCUCCCCUUGUGCACCAGCAGAGUUGAAUUAUUUUCCCAAGCUUGCUUGGAAAACAAGGAGUAGCAAGUCAAGUGGUGGUGGCAAUAACAAACCACCUCACUUGGACUAAAUCUAGUUUGGAAGAGGGAGGGGAAGGAGAUGGGGAAGCCAUCCUCCUGCCCUCUCUCUGUCUCUAAGCAUCUUGUACAAACAGAAAGGCUGGUUGGCGGCGGCGGCUGCUCUCCUUCCCUUUCCAGAAUCCUUUGGUUAGCAGCUGAUGUAAGACCCUGUCAGAAACUAUGAAUGGGACAAGGAAGUUCUGGAAGGUGGUGGUGGAGGGGGGUGGGAUGCAGUGCUGUUCCUACUGCUACCACUCAAAUUUGCCACCCUGGGCACCUGCCCUGGGUUGCCCUCCUGUAAAAAUGUCCCCGUGAGCAGAAUAGUAUUGUGUUUGUGCAAUGGAUAACUUCUGUCAACAAUAAAUCCCAAUGGCCUUAGACUAUUCCCAAAAGAUGAAGACAGGUUUGUUGCAUCAAAUUAAAUUACUGGCUAUUAAGGUCCAAGGUUAGUGGAGUAUUCAGAUACUUCUAAGUAGAAUCAAAAUUUGGGUUGCCAGGCACUAGCCUUUAUAAUAUAUAUGCAGUUUCUGGCUUCCUUGUGUCACAUUUGCAUCAAGGUCAAGCUAUGGAAAAGGAUCAGGACUUAUGUCAACAGUUACCAUUUGAAUUUAUGUAUUCAAGCACAAGUGUGUGUGUUUCUUUUUCUUUUGAAAAAAAACUGCUCUUGACUUCAACAAAGCAAUUGCAAAGUUACUCAAAUGGGGAAAGCAUUUUGAGAGUUCUUAAGUCCAUGACAGAAUUCAAACCACUCACUAUGCUGAGAAGAAUAGCUCCACCAAUGGAGAUGUCAUUUUACAUCUUAGACUAAAAGAACCAUCCAUGAAUAGACGGUCUAGAACCUUAAACACCAAAUGGCAUGUGCAAUGUCAUCCUAGACACAUUGAACUGAGGAGUGAGCCCAGUUGCACAUAAUGGGUUCUCCUUCUGAGUAAGCAAGUGCUGGACUGCAAGAAGAUCAAACCUAUCCAUUCUUAAGGAAAUCAGCCCUGAGUGCUCACUGGAAGGACAGAUCCUGAAGCUGAGGCUCCAAUACUUUGGCCACCUCAUGACAAGAGAAGACUCCCUGGAAAAGACCCUGAUGUUGGGAAAGAUGGAGGGCACAAGGAGAAGUGGACGACAGAGGACAAGAUGGUGGGACAGUGUUCUCAAAGCUACCAGCAUGAGUCUGACCAAACUGCAGGCGGCAGUGGAAGACAGGAGUGCCUGGUGUGCUCUGGUCCAGGGGGUCACGAAGAGUCGGACACGACUAAACAACAACAACAACAACAACAACAACAACAAGCAAGUGCUGAACAUGGAAAUCCUCUCCUUCUAAAAUAAUUCAGUUAGUUUGCAUUUGAUCCUCUGCGGAAAGAAAUGUGUACAAGGAGAGGAUGAUAGUAGAUAGACUCAACCCUUUGAUGCCAUCAGGAAAUGCCGACCCACCAAAAGUAUCAGAACAGAAGCCUCCAUUUUGACCUUUCCAAAUCCAAGACUAACAUAAAAAUGAAGGGGAUGACAAGAGGUAUCUAUCGCAUCUCAGCAAUCAUUACAAUUGAAAGGUUGACCCCCCCACCCACCCCAUAGCAGGUGGACUGCCUCAAUUAUGAUGGAUGAGGAGUGUGACAGCUCUCAGGAGAUGUAGUGGGAAGCUGGCAAUUGCUCAGUGAGCUAUGACGUUGCUGGUAGAGAUCUGACAAGAACAGAGCAUUUUUAUGAAACUACAGAGCUUAAGUUUCGGUGGUCUUUAAUUUGCUUUAUAACCGAUUGCAUAAACUAGUUGGUGAAAAUAGAACUCUUUCACAAGAACGGAGGGGGGCUUAUUGGGUCAAGGUGAUCCAAAUAUGAUUUUAUUGUUCUUUCUUGCCUACCUUCAGUUUUUUGGGGAAAAGAACCUAGAAAGACAGCAAAACAUGGACAAUCCUGACACUCUUUGAGCGCCAAUAAAUUUUCACACAGAAAGUGGUGUAAUUAGAACUGAGGGGAACAACACAGGUGGGCAUGAAGAAAAAUAAUGGACUUACCUAGCAAGUUUGAAAGUAUCUAGUAUUGAGCAAGGACAGGUGCGUUCAAAUCCUUGCUUAUCCAUAAAGCUCUCUAUUUGAUAUUGGACCAUUCUUUCUGGGCCAAACCAUUGUGGUAAAUGUGCAGUGUCCACUGAAAAAAGAAGCCAUGUGUCUUAUUCCUCCUCUGUACCACCCAGUGGAACUUACUUCAUGUGGUGAAAUCAUGAUACCCCCAUGUUCUCCCACUCAGUUGCCUGUCGUUAGCAGGCUAUGAUGCAGAGCAGGUGUGGAGAUAUGCAGCAUGCUGUGAAGAAAGGUCUAUUUGACAUUAUGGAGGGGAAGAUGGAAGGAGCAAGAUAUGUAGUAGCCAAUUUGGGCAACUGCCCAUGUAUUUAACCUAAAUCUAGAUUGCCCCUAGCUGGGUAUGUUUAGCCUGGAAAAGAGGAGACUGAGAAGAGAUAUGAUACCAAUCUUCAUGUAUCUUAAGUGCUGUCAACAUGGAAGAUGAGCAUGUUAUGUACUGAAGUCUCACCCUGGGCCAGCAGGGAGAUACUGUAGAUAGUUACCAUAUUUUUCGCACCAUAGGACGCACCGGACAAUAGGACGCACUUUGUUUUAGAGGGGGGAGAACAAGGAAAAAAAAAAUCUCCCCCUCUCUGCCCAGCGCCCCUUCAGCGAAGUGGCAGGAGGCGCUGUGCAGAGAGGGAGAACUUCCCCUCUUGUUUUCCCGCUCUAAAACAAGGUGCCAUUUAAGGUGCGUUCAGGCGGCUACCUUGGAAGCCUGGAGAGCGAGAGGAGUCGGUGUGCACUGACCCCUCUCACUCUCCAGGCUUCAGGUUCCUUUCGACCUGCUCGUUGGGGCUGGCUGGGGGAAGCCCACCACCAGCCCCCAAGAGAAGGUCAGGGAGCUGCGGGCGGGCGCAGCGGAGAGGCUCCUGCCAUCGCCGCGCGUCACCUCUCGAGCCGGGAGGGGUUCGCGGGGGCUUCUUAGCCCGCGCGCGUUCUCCCGGCUGGAGAGGUGACGCACGGCUAUGGCAGGAGCCUCAAUAGCCGCCCGUCACCUCUCCAGCCGGGAGAGGGUCGCGGGGCUAUGGCGUCUUCGCUCCAUAGGACGCACACACAUUUUCCCUUCAUUUUUGAAGGGAAAAAAGUGCGUCCUAUAGAGUGAAAAAUAGGGUAUGCAAAUGAAGGACCGAAAGUGACAUUCAGUGAUUGGAUAGUUUGUAUGCAAAUGAAGGAUCGAAAGUGACGUUCAGUGAUUGGAUAGUUUUAGAAAGUUGCAACAGUUACGCUGUUCUGGAGCUCUAUAUAAGCAGGCUGACUGAGCUCUUCAGUUCAGUUCUGUUCUGGCCAUCUGAAUAAACAAGAGCUGUCUGAAGAAUCGCUGUGUCGUCUGAUAUGUUCGCCCACGACUUAACAGAGCAAGCUUGUUUUCUCCUGCUCUGGAGGGUAGGACCUGAACCAAUGGCUUCAAGUUACAAGAAAGGAGAUUCUGACUAAGCAUCAGGAAGAACUUUAUGACAGUAGGAGCUUGUUUGACAGUCGAACAGACUCCCUCAAGAGGUUGUGCACUCUCCUUCCUUGGAGGUUUUUAAGCAGAGGUUGGAUGGUCAUCUAUCUUGGAUGCUUUAGUUGUGAUUCCUGCAGUGCAGCGGGUUGGAAUAGAUGACCGUUGGGGUCCCUUCCAAUUCUACGAUUCUAAGAUUUAACCUAAUCCGCCUCAGGUUUGCUGUGAGGAUGAAAAAUGAUCUUUUUAACACGUACAUAAGCCAUCCUGAGCACUCUGAAGGAAGGACAGAAUAGAAAUGUGACAGGUAAUCUGGUUAAUUAAAAUAAUGAACAAUCAAGGAAUAAUCCCCAUGUAUGGAUUUCCUCCUCAGAAAUAUCUUGCACUAAACAUGGAAAUCAAUACAUGGAAGUUGACAAAUGUACUAACUAGAAUCCAAACUGUGAGAGCCCAUGGUUCAAAUUUCACCUCGGCCAUUUAGCCAUUGACCUCUGACAGGCCAACAUUCUUAGGCCCCACCCCCUUCAUUUUCAUUGUUUAAUUAUGACAUGGGUGUCCCACAAAUCGUCCAAAGAGUGGGAACACUUCCCCGCUUCACAACAGCCCUGUGAGAUAGCUUAGGCAGAGACAAGGUGAUUGGCCCCAAGACUACCUGGGGACACAAUGUUCUUCAUUUAAAAGACAGAUACAAAAUGCAGGAGAGGAGAGCUCUGUUGUGCUCAAGUCCUGCUUGUGGGUUUCUCACAGCCAUCUGGUUGGCCAUUGUGAGAACAGAACACUGGACUAGGUGGCAUAGCUGUCAACUUACAGAUUUGAAAAUAAGGGACCAGCAGCCACAAUAAGGGACCUGCAGCCUCACCUGUUCCAGGCACUCCAGUCUUCCUGUCCUCCUGCAGUCUGGUCAAACUCAUGCUGGUAGCUUCGAGAACACUGUCCAACCAACUUUGUAACCAGAGGUUCAACUGAAUAGAAUCUGAAUCACAUGCACCACAAGGCCUAUGCAGCCUCAACUUAAGAUGGCUCCCCGGCCUGAUUUUGCACUGCAAAGUUUGCAGCAGCACGUGCAACAAAAUGGCGUCCAGCAUUCAAAACCCCCCACAGCUUGCAUUAACUAGCCACACACAAGGCAUGCAAGCUCCACCCCCCAGUCGUUCUUAGACUUCUUAUUGGGUGAGCAACACAGCCAAGCAACACAGUUGGAACCUCCCUCCUCCCUGGCUGGCAGGGAGGGAGGGAGAGGAGCUUGCUUCCUUUGAAAUUUAAGGGACAUCGUUUAAAGGACAUCCAUCAAUAAGGGACAGCAGCGGGAUAUGGCGCUGGAAUAAGGGACUGUCCCUUCAAAUAAGGGACACUUGACAGCUAUGCUAGGUGGACCCUUAGCCUGAUCAAGCAGGCUCUUUUUAUGUGCUUCUGCAGAUCCUCCAAGUGUCUGCUUUCCAGCGACAGUCCCGGAUUUACAGAAGCUGUUCCAGAUUCUGAUUUGAUCCCGGAAUGUCCCACUUUCCCUUAGAACAUCCCUAUUUUCAUAAUAAUAAUAAUUUUUUAUUUAUACCCCGCCCAUCUGGCUUGGUUUCCUCAGCCACUCUGGGCGGCUUCCAUCAAAACACUAAAAUACAAUAACCUAUUAAACAUUAAAAGCUUCCCUAAACAGGGCUGCCUUCAGAUGUCUUCUAAAAGUUUGGUAGUUAUUUUUCUCUUUGACAUCUGGUGGGAGGGUGUUCCACAGGGCGGGCGCCACUACCGAGAAGGCCCUCUCCCUGGUUCCCUGUAACUUGGCUUCUCGCAGUGAGGGAACCGCCAGAAGGCCCUCAGCGCUGGACCUCAGUGUCUGGGCAGAACGAUGGAGGUGGAGACGCUCCUUCGGGUAUACUGGACCGAGGCCGUUUAGGGCUUUAAAGGUCAGCACCAACACUUUGAAUUGUGCUCGGAAACAUACUGGGAGCCAGUGUAGGUCUUUCAAGACCGGUGUUAUAUGAUCUCAGCGGCCGCUCCCAGUCACCAGUCUAGCUGCUGCAUUCUGGAUUAGUUGUAGUUUCCGAGUCACCUUCAAAGGUAGCCCCAUGUAGAGUGCAUUGCAGUAGUCCAAGCGAGAGAUAACCAGAGCAUGCACCACUCUGGCGAGACAGUCCACGAGCAGGUAGGGUCUCAGCCUGCGUACCAGAUGGAGCUGGUAAACAGCUGCCCUGGACACAGAAGAAAUGUUGGAAAUGAACAAAUGCUUCUGAUCUUAACUAUUUUUAAAGUACAGGAUACCCCAAAAUAACGGGAGAUUGCUUGAGAUGGAAAUAGAAUACUAAGCACAUUUGCCCUCAUUCAGAGGGCCCCUUGCCCAUAUAUCAGAUUGUACCCCAGGAAAUGAUUGGUUUUGCAGGGCAGAACCCACCUUCACUGUGCCAAAUGGCAAUGUGUUGCUCCGUUCAUUUCACAGGGGCUUAAAACAUAUGUAGGAAAUAUAGUAGCUGUGCAUACUACAUUGUACCCAUGGACCUCAGUCCAGCUCCAGUCACCAGUGUGACCCUAGAGAAGGUGUAGCCCCACAUAUAAGCAGGUUCAUCCAUCAAGCCUAAAGGGUAGCCUGAUAGGUAUUGCACCCAAUGCAGAAGUAUAUGCUCAUUAUCUGCACACACAGAUCACCCUUACUGGAUCAGCGUGAUUCUGUUUACUGUCCAGGACAGGUUAUAUAAAUGCAAAAAAGGGGAAACAACCAGGAACAAUAGAAAAUGUGCAUCAGAAUUCUUGCCAUGUUCAUAACUGCAAAGCUUGCAAGACUUUCAUUAAGUGCAGAACCUGCAAUUUUCGGGUGCGGGUUUAUUAGCAACUCAAAGAAGGGGACAAACAUAUUUUUAACAGUGCUGAGGUAAUGAAUGAAACUGAUUUAGAUCACCAAAGGGUCUGGUCCAUGGCUUUUCAUCUCAUCAGUGAACACUUAAUUUUUAAUAUCCUCAUAUUUGCCACACUCCCUUUAGAUUAUUGAAACACAGUAUUUUAUCUUUGAAUCAUUAACUUUUGCUGCCUACUUUGGUUCUCCCUCUGCUCUGAACAUCUCUGAUUAUAAAUAUUUCAAUAAUUCAAGUCUCUCUUAUUUUAACUCUCACUUAUAUAAUUGCAAGUAUGAAUGUGCAGCAGCAAGUUAACACGGAUGCCAUAAAAAGCCAAAAUAAUUAAUCACUCAGCCUCCAUUAGAGGAUCAAGGGCAAGGGAACAUGCUGUACUACUAUAUAUAUAUAUAUAUAUAAUGACGCAGGGAAAAAAAAGCUUGGUUCUGAUUUAGAUCAUUUUACAAUUGUAAAAUGCUGUUUCAUGCUCUCAACUUGCCCAAGUGCUAGGAAGUUUCAGUCUAACCUUUUACAAUUUCCUUAAAAGAAAAGGAUAUUGUAGAUGUACUGUAUUUUUGUAACAUGUACUUCUUUAAAAAUGUGUAAAUUGGGCAGGGAAGAGCAGGCAGAUCUAUGGAAAGGCAACACUAGACUAAAAGCAGAGCCACUACCUGCAGAAACAACAGCACACCUUUGCAAAACCUCAAGGCCAGUUUUUGCCAGUCUAUAUUGCAAUCCUAUACAUGGCUACUCUAAAAGAAAAUCCCAUUGGGAUUAUAGAGAGGUAUUUUUUUAAAAAAAUAAGGUUGCUUGCAAGGUAUUGGAAAUCAAAGUCUGUUGCAUCAGGUAAGGUCUAUUGGUAAUGGCGUUUCUUAUUUUUUAAUUGUAUAUUUGUGAUUUAAAUGAUAUGUAAUAGUAGUAGUAGUAGGGUGACACUUCAAUGGUAUCCACAAGCUAGGAUGAUCAUGUGUAACAAAACUUUGCUCCCUACUGAGUCUUUGCCUCCUUCGAAAAAGAACUGCCUCCAGUGUGAAAUUGCUAGGCUAGGAUUUAUCAGCGUUUUGUUUGGGGCUCAAUGGAGACCAAGGGUAUCUCUCACCAGAUGUAUUAAAUUGGAAUGGGAAAGCUAGGAAUACUGUUUGUAACCUAUUUCUGAGGAGCAGUGUCAGUUGGUAACAAGCGAUUUGUUCCUUGAUAUAAGGAGAGGAAUUUAGCAUGGUGCUAAGCAGAUCGCUCUGUCGGUUCAAGAAUUUAUGCGUGCCUGAAGUGAUAUGCCCCCUCCCACCAGGAGCUGUUGUUGGAACUCCCCUGACUCCCCUAGAGCAAACUGAGGGGUGGGGUGGGGUGGGGAGUGUGGGGAAAGCCCUGUUGCACUGGCCCCAUUGUUUUUGUGUGUAUCCAGCCCCUCACUGCGGCAUGAAGAACUCAGAAUCCCAACUCUAGUUAGCCGCUUUGAGACUCCUUAGGGUCGUGAUAAAGCGGGAUAUCAAAUCCAAAUUACUACUACUACUACUAUUCUUCUUCUUCUUCUUCUUCUUCUUCUUCUUCUUCUUCUUCUUCUUCUUCUUCUUCUUCUUCUUCUGCCAAAGGCUGUAAUGCUCAAAAAGCACUCCUCUGAUUUCCUGACCUAAAUCUCCUGUUUCAAUUACUUUUUAAACUAUUUUAGUGGGCUUAUUUUAUUGCGCACUUUAAUUGCAUGUGUGCAUACUUUCAUGCUUUUAUGGACUGUGCAUUUUAAUUACAUGUGCUUAUAUAUUUCUUGAUUAUUAUUUUUAACUUGGAAAACACUUUGUCAAUUAAGUGGUACAUAAAUAAUAAUGAUAGUAGUAAUAGUAGUAAUAGUAAUAAUAGUAAUAGUAAUUCUCCAGUUUUUAAAAAAUACUGAACAUCCAACCUAAGGCGGUGUAAGCUGAAACCUCACAUUUGACAGUGUGAACAUUAAUUGGUUUUACUGAAGUUAAUAUUUUACUGACCUCUCUACAUAUUGUUCUAAUAGGCCAACAGAGCUACCCAAUUUUCAUCUGAGAAACCUCAGAAUAUUCUUGGAAUUUGGUAAUAAUGACAGAAAGGAGGAAACACUGAAAGGGGGGACCUUUUGGCUGAAAUGUUAUUCUCAGCCAAGCAGAAAAAGGGGAGAAAAGUCAGCUCGAGUUAAGAAAUUACAGGAUAAAGAGGAAGCUUUCUUCUUAUUUGUGUCAAGAUUUGUCAGUAUUUGCUUUAGGGGGCACAGUUUUCCUCUCCACAGACUACUGGUUUUAAGGCAAUGGGAAAGUGUUAUCAAUGAUUACAGGCAGGGUCAUGAAGGGCAAAUUAUGUGCCAAAAUGGCCUUACUAUGGAAUGUUAUUGGUGUUAUGUGUUCUAAGUUAUGUGAUAAGUCAAAGUUACUGUUGCAUAAAAUUCUCCCAAUGUUUCAUGUGAAGGGUUUUUGUGGGAAAAGGAGUGACACAGUUUCCAGUGGAUUCCUGCUCUUUCUACUUCUUUUUUUUAAAAAAACCCACCAUCCUCCUAUUUCAGAUACGGCAUCUGUGAACUUUUUGAUUCCAAUGGCCAAUGAUUCCAAUGGCCCAGUGUGUUUCCCAAACUGAUAUUUAUUAUUAUUUUCAUAAUUAUUUUAAAUUAAUUUUUAUUUGCAAAUUGAAGAAAGUGAAAUAAAAUAAGAUUAUUAAAAAUGAAGGGGGGAAAAGAAUAUCUGAAUAGCAGCAGCAGCAACCAUCAGCUCACACUAAAGAUGCAUUGACCUGUACAUUCAUCUCAGGUUAAACAUAAAAAAUAAUAUAAGCCCUCCAGAUGUCUAAUUAAAACAUGAAAUUAAUGUCUAAAUGAAAUACAUUUAAAUGUAGCCGGGGUAGUAAGAUCCUCAGACCACUGCAUGAUAGACGGUGUGUAUUUAUCUUUCUAGGUUCAAAGUAGAACCAUUAAGGGUUUGCAAAAUCCACAUAUCUUGUCCUGCUGUUAAUCCCCAUACUACAUGAACAUAAUUUUAAGGUACAUGACCAUCUGCAAAUAUCAAGGAUUUGGUCAAAGGCAAAAUUGGUACGGACAACUUCAAACCAAAAAGGACACAUCACUGGAGAAGCCCACACCAUAUGCCUCAACAUCUAUCUGUAUUAGACAGAACCUUCCUAUAUACUUGUUGUGGAAUACAAAAUAUCAGCCAUUGGGAUCAACUACUGCUUUAUGAGGAGCCACACCGUUAGAAAUCUUAGACUAGCCACUAACACAUUCCCUAACACAUACAGAAGGUCCUAGGCUCAGCCGCCAGCAUCUCCAUGAAUGGCGGGGGUACCCUGUCUGAAACCCUGCUGCCACCACCAGACCUUGCAGACACUAUUGAGCUACAUAGACCAUUGUUGUGACUCAGCAGAAGGCAGCUUUUGAUGUUCCCCUGGACCAUAAAAACCUUUGCACUAAACUCUUGGAGAGUUUGACAGAACAUUAGGCACACCUUUCCCUCCAGAUCUCUGGUUGGCAGUUUUCAAACAUGGGUACAAAAUUCGUCAUUUACAGCCUGCCCAUGAUAGGUAAAAAUAUCAAAUAUCAGCAAGGCAGUGUUAAGCUUAAAUGCUGCUAAAUUCUCCACAUUUUUGUGUCUUAAGCUUCAGAGCACAUAUUGGCACGUCUUAUAGAACUUCCUGAAAGGGUUCAAGUUUCUGCUCAUGUCUGCAGUAGGAGAAAGUUCUAUCCUGGGGAUGCUGAGCAUGUUGUUGUUGUUUGUUUAGUCGUUUAGCCAUGUCCGACUCUUAGUGACCCCAUGGACCACAGUACGCCAGGCACUCCUGUCUUCCACUGCCUCCCUCAGUUUGGUCAAAUUCAUGCUGGUAGCUUUGAGAACACUGUUCAACCAUCUCGUCCUCUGUCGUCCCUUUCUCCUUGUGCCCUCCAUCUUUCCCAACAUCAGGGUCUUUUCCAGGGAGUCUUCUCUUGUCAUGAGGUGGCCAAAGUAUUGGAGCCUCAGCUUCAGGAUCUGUCCUUCCAGUGAACACUCAGGGCUGAUUUCCUUCAGAAUGGAGAGGUUUGAUCUUCUUGCAGUCCAUGGGCCUCUCAAGAGUCUCCUCCAGCACCAUAAUUCAAAAGCAUCAAUUCUUCGGCGAUCAGCCUUCUUUAUGGUCCAGCUCUCACUUCCAUACAUCACUACUGGGAAAACCAUAGCUUUAACUAUAUGGACCUUUGUUGGCAAGGUGCUUUUUAAGAUGCUUUCUAGGUUUGUCAUUGCUUUUCUCCCAAGAAGCAGGCGUCUUUUAAUUUCGUGGCUGCUGUCACCAUCUGCAGUGACCAUGGAGCCCAAGAAAGUAAAAUUUCUCACUGCCUCCAUUUCUUCCCCUUCUAUUUGCCAGGAGGUGAUGGGACCAGUGGCCAUGAUCUUCAUUUUUUGUUUUUUUAUGUUGAGCUUCAGACCAUAUUUUGCGCACUCCUCUUAUUUUGCGCUCUCCUCUAUAUUUUGCGCUCUCUUAUUUUGCGCUCUCCUGCCAAGAAAACUCCAUGGACAAACACAACAGGCAUAUUAACAUACAAAGGUUAUAGAACACUUCUCUUUAUUUCAGUCUGUUUCCUCUUCUCAGUGGUUGCACCAGGUUAUGGAAUUCCUUGCUCCAGGAAUGCAGUUCACCCCCCUUCCCUCACUGGUUACACUGGUUACUGGAGACCUUCCUAUUCUGGCAGGCAGAGGAUGUCUUUAUGGUUUUUAAGACCGCUGACCCAGUGUCUUUUUUUCGUGAUUGUGUUUUAGAUUGCUGUUAAGAAAUGGUAAUUUUAUAUGUUUCAAUCUGCACUGUUUUAUUUGCACUAGAAGGAUGGGAUAUAAAUGGCCUAAUAAAAUAAAUAAAUUUGCAUUCAUUCAUGCUCACUCCUAUUCAAUACAGAUUUGCCAAAUGCCCACAGUUCUUUUGCCUUAGGUGCAAUAGAAUAAAGCUUCUUGACCCACCUGCUUAGUGUCAGAUAAAAAAAUUUAAAAGGGGUCUGAUUCGCUCCCUCGGUGAGGAGAUCCAUGUGGCUAAUCCUGAUAUGAAACAGUGCCAUUUCCCCCUCUCCUGGCUUGCCAGAGAAGAAUACUUCCAGGUUUAUCAUUUGCUUUAAACCUUACAGAAUAUGACCUAAGCAGAUGUUAAAGGGGCAAUUAGUAGUCUUGAAAAAUCUAGCGUACGUGCUCUAGAAUGAUUGAGUGAGCUAAAUAGCUCAAGGUCACAUCCCACCAUGCCCAUGUAAUGGAAAUGUGUGGUGGAGAAAUGAAAAAGGGUGACAGUAGUUCCCAACUCAGCAGUUUAUAUACAUUCAGCAAAACAAUGUGCUAAAGCUUUAUCUUGGUCUAUAGCACUUCACACGGAAGAGAAAAAAUAAUAUGUGUCCCUGCAAACAAAACAAAAUGCCAGAAGAAGCAAUCCCCUACAUGUAGAAAACUAGUGUGUCAGGAAGGUUCAAACUAGCCCUCCCACUGCCAUACUAUUUUUCUAUGUGCAGGGACUUUGCUGUCCUUUGUAGAUGUCUCUGGUUUGUUUGCAUCCAUGAAAAGCUUUACUACUUGAUUCUACUGAGUGUCCGUACUAGUGCUGAACUCACAGGCACAGAUGCACAACCUUGAUUUCUCAUCAUAUCAUAUGCAAUGACUUGUAGUUGACUGUGUGAGUGGUCUGCAGUGAGAAAACACAGAAGCCAUUUUGGCAAGUCGGUUGUAUAUAUAUAAAUAAAUAGUAACAACAUUGUGGUUGACUGAAGGGAAUCUGAAAGCUUUGUGGCAUCUGAUUUGUGAUGGUCUUCAGGGAAGGGACUUUCUAAGAAAUCCCCUAUAGGAAGUUUAAUCUAUAGUAACGAGGAUUCCACAAGAUGUGUUGAUGGCUACCAAACUGGAUAGCCUUAAAGGGGGAUUAGACAAAUUCAUGGAAGAUAAGACUAUCAACCGUUACAAGCCAUGAUGACUGUAUAUUACCGUCUGUAUCAGAGGUGAUAUAUCUCUCAGAGUUUGGUAAAGAUAUUGCAGCAGUGUGCAGAAAGAAAUAGUCUGGUCAGACUACUGGAUAAAGGAAACUUAAGGUUUAUCACUCAUGGCAAACAAAGCCAUUCUAAGUACAGGUGGUGACCAUUUCAUGUGGGUGUUCCAAUCCUGGCUCCCACACGCAUCAGCAGAAUGUGUAUAAGUUUGCCCCACCUCAUUACACCCCCAUACCGCCUUCUUCCGGGUCCAAAAGGACACAUCAAUUGGAUGCGCCUAAAUUGGUUGCAUGGGACGUGGGUGGCGCUGUGGGUUAAACCACAGAGCCCAGGACUUGACGAUCAGAAGGUUGACGCUUCAAAUCCCCGCGACGGGGUGAGCUCCCGUUGCUCGGUCCCUGCUCCUGCCAACAUAGCAGUUCGAAAGCACGUCAGAGUGCAAGUAGAUAAAUAGGUACAGCUCCGGCGGGAAGGUAAACGACGUUUCCAUGUGCUGCUCUGGUUUGCCAGAAGCAGCUUAGUCAGGCUGGCCACAUGACCCGGAAGCUGUACGUUGGCUCCCUCGGCCAAUAAAGCAAGAUGAGCACCACAACCCCAGAGUCGGUCACGACUGGACCUCAUGGUCAGGGGUCCCUUUACCUUUAAAUUGGUUGCUGCCUAGAUAGUUUUGUUUUGCAUAGGCAGCUGCCUUAUACUGAGCCAGACCAUUCAUCCAUGUAGCUCAGUACUGCCUAUUCUGACUGGAAGCAGCUCACCAGAAUUUCAGGCAGGAGUCUCUCCCAGCCCUUACCUGGAUUGAACCAGGAUCCCUUUGCAUGCAAAGCAGAUGUUCUACCAGUGAGCUACAGCCUUUCCCAUAGUUCAAUGGAAGGGCCAAGAUGGAACUAAGAAGUUAAUGCACCCACAUGUUGACUCAUUCCUAGACAGACUUAACUCAAAGAAAAUGCAGGAAGGAUGUGAUCUACUUUACCAACAAGUAGUAGUUACUAACAGAGAAGGAAUCGGGAAGUACAGGUUGCCUUCCUGUCCUUCACCCCCAAGUGGUUCAGGUAGCUUACUGCUUUAUUCCUAACAUGUCUGAAUACCAGUCUUUGGGGAACAACAACACAAGAGGGCUAUAGUGUUCAUAUCCUGCUUGUUUUUGGCCACUGUUGGAAACAGGACAUGGAUCCGGCAGAGAUGUGCUAAUGGCAUUUGGUCUUGAUCCACGUAAAUUAGCUGCACUUAACCCCCAAUGGGAAAUUGGUAGGACAAAGCAGCCACAACUCAAACUAUCCCUCCUUGAUUUCAGGCUGUGACUCAGAGCUUGACGGCAUGCUACUCUUACCAUGUGAAAAGUAGCCAUGCCCCAACUGUAGGGGAUUCUGAGGAUGCCCAUUGCAUAGUGCAGGCAAUCUUGUAUGUAUCUGUGCCUUUCUGAGUCUUAUCAAGAGAACAGAGAUGUUCUUCUGGCUGGUGGGCUUUGCUUCUUCCAAUUUCAUGCUGAUAAUUCAUCCCCCCACCCCAAACAACUGCUCACAUGGUGAGUGUAAUAUGUGUUUGUUUAGUCGUUUAGUCGUGUCCAACUCUUUGUGACCCCCUGGACCAGAGCACGCCAGGCACUCCUGUCUUCCACUGCCUCCCGCAGUUUGGUCAAACUCAUGCUGGUUGCUUCACGAACACUGUCCACCCAUCUCGUCCUCUGUCGUCCCCUUCUCCUUGUGCCCUCCAUCUUUCCCAGCAUCAGGGUCUUUUCCAGGGAGUCUUCUCUUCUCAUGAGGUGGCCAAAGUAUUGGAGCCUCAGCUUCAGGAUCUGUCCUUCUAGUGAGCACUCAGGGCUGAUUUCCUUCAGAAUGGAGAGGUUUGAUCUUCUUGCAGUCCAUGGGACUCUCAAGAGUCUCCUCCAGCACCAUAAUUUGUAUCCAGGUACUAACUUUAGCAAAAUUUGGACUAAACCACUUAUGGAACUUGUUGACUAGCAGUUUUAUUGUGUAGCAUUUCUAGGAAUAGGCUUGCACCCCACGUAAGGGCAAAUAGCUGUGCUCUGCUGCGCUGUGAACACUUUUUUAUUUUCUUUUUUUUGCACUUCAUGGGUAUAAAUAGAGUGACAAGAGCACAGCCUAAGCAGAAUUCAGAUUAAAAGGACAAAUGUGGCCGGCCAAAAUGAACCAUUACAGGAAACAAAGGGAAAAUAACGACUAAAGAUCUUUCAUUACAGCCAGCUAAUUAUCAUGAGUUUUGGACUUAACUGUUCAGGCAUAGAAUUAAAAACCUUAAUUAUAUUGUCACCUUUGUCUCUCGGCUUCUAUUGCCCACAAAUGAAUCCAUUUACUGUAACUGCAGCUGAUGAGAAGAAAUUGAUGGCAGUCCCAGUGAGGUGGGAGAGGGGAAUGGCUGAGUGAAAGGGGGGGAGAAGGGGGAGAGGCAGAGCAGGAGGGUGGGGGGUGAGGGGAAGAGAGAGAGAGGCAACAUUGUCAUGGAUGCACAGCUGGGUGACAACUACAUUCCAGGGCAUUAUAAAUUAAAAACACUUUUAAUGAGACAAAUACGUGUUUGAUGGAUCUCAGGGUUUCUCUUCCCUCCCCUCCCCCUUUCCAAGGGCUCGCAAUGUCUUUCCUUCUCCCAUUCUUUCUUCUGCACCUCUCUAGAGACAUCUUGGUCCUCUGGUACAGCUGCAGAAGAUAGGCCCUAGCCCAAACCCACCUGUCAUCAGGAGGAAUCUGCUGCUAUCUUUGUUGGUUUGAAUCAGAUGCCACAGCCACAAUCUAGAACAGAAUUAAGGAUGCAUACAAUCCAAUCCAAAGUCCCACUGGCUUCGAAGGGGGUGGAUGGAUAUUAUUCCCUAGUUAAGAUCUGAGUCACAUUCAUUUCAGUAGGCAUUAUGGGGGCUACAAGCUAAGAAGGAAAACUCUCUGGGUAACAGAUAUACCUGUGACAGCAUGAUCUGACAUGGGGCAGCAAUUGUCACUUCCAUUUAGCUAUCCAUCUAGUUUUUAACACAAUUUAGGCACCACUUGACUGUAGCAGUUUUCAAGAAAUAUUAAAAUGAUCAAUUAAUGCAGUUAAACAAUGAAAAACAUAUACAGAUAAUUAAAAUUAGCAUUAAAAAAUAAGAAAACAUGUCAGCAACUAUGUAUCGCCAAAUAGGCUUGUCUAAAAAAAGACCCCAAAUGUUUUAAGCAGGUGCGAAAAACAACACACACACACACACACACACACACACACACACACACACACCAAAAAACAACAACACAGGUGCCCAAUGGUAUGCAUUUUUACUUAGUAAGUCCUAUGUUGCUCAAAGUAUAUGUGCAAAGGGCUAGACAGCUAGGGUUACAAUCAAACACAGUAUGAAUUGCUCAAGGAGUAACAUGCUACCUUUUAAUGUUCAUCCAUCUAUGGAACAACCAUGUCCUCAGCUUAUCUACUCUUCCCUAUUGCCCAAUCAACAUUCAUUCAUUUAUUUCAUAAAAUGUAUGCACUGUUUGACUGUUAACAGAAACAAAAAAACAACAACACCUCAAACAGGUUUACAAAAAAAAAAUCAUGUCCGUAGAGGGAGUUAUUAAAAUUGAUUUUUUUGGGCUGAAGGUGCCAUUUAAAAAUAAAAUAAAGUUCUGGAUGCUGAACAAUAAAACCAAUGCCAAUAGGUGAUGCCAUCUCAGCUCAGUCAUGGCAAUACCAAUUCAGAGGCAAACUCAGGGUACCUGCUCAUUAUAAACAAAAUUAAGCAGGUGGAGUAAAUGGGAUGCAGAGAUAUUUGGUACCCAAGGAAGACCCCCUAAGGCUUUCCUCAAGCAAGGGGGCCUGCAGGUGCUGUACUGCCUAGAAAAGAUGCAUUUUUAAAGCCAUGCAGUGUGUUCUUAACAUGUGUUGCCGUGGUUACAUGAAAGGAGUUAAUGUGAUAGAACUCCCAAGCAGAGCAGAGGGGGUUGUUUCAGACAUAGUUUGUGAACAUGGCUGUGUCAGAGCCAGUGUGCGUUUUACACCAGGGUUUAUUAUUGCCUUGAUGUAGUGGCAAGGCUUCCAGCUGUGGCUUUGAAAGCUCUGGUUUCAAACUCUAUUCCCGGCCCAUUUUCUGCAGGAUUUUGUUUCUCCCAGCUGCGUAAGAUUCUGGCUGCUGUGCAGGAAAGAGAGUUAGCCAUGCAGGGGAGCCCUCGCAAAUCUCCAUUUAUGAGCUCGGGAUCAUUCCUUCCUGCAAACCAUUACCUUCAAGAAUACCAGUUGCCCCUUCCCUCUCUUUUCACCCAGUGACAAAAGCAGAACAAGCAAGCAAACAAGCAAGCAAAUAGUUAGCAAAAGAUCCUCUGCUCACCUUAUGGCCCAGUCCUCAGGCACUCCAUGCUGGAAGAGGCAAUAAUUUUUACUGAGUGAGACCAGGCCAGGCUUCCACCCUGACAAGCUCAUCUACAGUCAGAAAAUUGUAGGGCACUCCAGAAGCAUCCAUGUUCUUUUCAUUCCCCAAGAUGGGUAUCUGGGGUGGAGUCCUUUUGGCAGUAAUACCACAGCCAGUGGAAAGAAAAUCUCCAGCAAACGUGGCCAGGAGGUAUUGGUCCCCAAGAAGUUAGCUUUUGCUGAUACCAGCAUACCUCUCUCUUGAUAAAUCCCCUGUGAGAAAGUAUGGGCACAAUGCAGUCAGAUUUGAGCAUGUUCAUUUCACAGCUGUCUCUUCACAAACAUGACACACCACACUGGCAGAGUUUUCCAUUGAUAACCCCUGACAAAAAGAAAUAUACAGUGGUACCUCAGGUUACAGACGUUUCAGGUUACAGACUCCGCUAACCCAGAAAUAGUACCUCAGGUUAAGAACUUUGCUUCAGGAUGAGAACAGAAAUGGUGUGGCCGCGGCAGCAGCAGAAGGAGGCCCCAUUAGCUAAAGUGGUGUCUCAGGUGUUUCAGGUUAAGAACGGACCUCCGGAACAAAUUAAGUUCCUAACCCAAGGUACCACUAGUAGUAGUAAAGAAGAAGCCCAUGUUGUUAAGUUGUGCAUUUAACUGCAUUGUUUUCAUACAUAGCGCUUAUCCACAUUUAGCUUUUGUUCCGCUCUUUCCAGGCAGAGGCUUGGAAGCUAGGACCAGAACCAAUGGAUUCAAGUUACCAGAAACAUCUGAAAGAACUUUCUGACUACAAGAGCAUUUCAACAGUGGAAUGGUCUCCAUUGAGAGAUGGACUCUCCUUCCUCGGAGGUUUUUAAGCAGAGGUUGGAUGGCCAUCUGCCAUGGAUGCUUUGGUAGAGAUUCCUGCAGUGCAGGGGGUUGGACUAGAUGACCCUUUGUUUCCCUUCCAAUUCUACAAUUCUGUGAUUCCAGGGCUGUGCUUUAAAGCUCCGUGUCUAAGUGCCCCCACAUUUUUUGCUCUGGUGCUUUGACUACAAAACUAUGCUCUUUGCAACUGAAUCCAAGCAAAUGGCUAUUUGGGUUUUCAGCGGAUUGCCAUUUGCUCCAGUUGAGCUUUAAAGAGCAGAAUUUUGAGGGGAAAGCUCUGGAGAUUUUUUUUUUAAAAAGGGUUCUUGAACAUAGAGCUUUAAAGCAUGCCUAUGCCAGAAAAGCGCAGAGGAAACAUAAGUGUGGAUAAGCCCAUAGUCAUUUUUUUUUAGGUCAGUGUUUCCCAAAUUUGGGUUGCUAACUGUUUUGGGACUACAACUCCCAUCAUCCCCAGCUGGCAAUGCCAGUGGUCAGGAAUGUACAGUAGUCCAAAAACAGCUGGAAACCCAAGUUUGGGGAAUACUGAUUUAGCUGAAUGAAUAGAACGCCCCAAAGAGCUGAGCACAGGGGCCCCAUGGACCAUAAAUCCACCAUGGAACUUGCCAUAUACAACUACAGCCAGGUUAGGUCAGGGUUUUGAGGAGUCUGUGGCUUGCUGGAAAGGCAAAUUUUCUUUUUUAAAAAAUAUGAAACCAUGCGAGAAGAAUGUGGAAGAGCCAGAUAAAUUGGAGAAACUGCAAUAUUUCUGCUUUUUCAUUAAUUCAGUAAUAUUUUAUUUCUGUUUUUCUCUGUCAUUUCCCUAGUGACCCGCCAAAACUACAUUAUGAAAACCUAUAUUGACAUACAUACACCAGAACUAAUAGCAGCAUGCACCUGUAAAGCAUGUUAUUAUUAAGUUAGUAGAAAUCUUUGGAAAUGACCCUUGAUUUUCUGGAGAAUUUGUAAACUAAAUAAAUCUCUACUAUUCUCCUGCAAAUGUAUCUUUGUACUUUAUUCCUCUUGUCAGUCUUAAGCUGUGAAUCAUAUUUUUCCUAUUAGGGCAGAUUUGCCAUACUCUGUUAUAUCAGGCAUUCCGGUCCUCAUCUUUUAAGUCCUUCCAGAAUGUGGCUACAACCAUACAUGCAGCCACUAAGAGAAAUCCAGUUAGUUUAUUCACCAAGCCCUGAUUCUCAUUUGAACAAAGAUUCAGUAACGCAAGUUCUGAAGACUUGGUGACAUGCAGAUGUGUAAUUUUCCUUAUCUUGUUAAAUACUUAUUCCCCAAAAUUUGCCACCUGGGCAUGCCCACCACAAGUGCCUAAUUCAAUAAUAUACUAGUUAUAUCUAUUUGACUUUGUGGAAAUAAUCUUUGAAUGAAGGUUCCAGUGUGGUUACUCACACUCCCAGACUGGAACACAAUUAACUCUGUGUUAGACUGUUGUCAUGAUCUGCAGAUACAGAAGAAACAAAUUUUAGCAAGUUUUCUCAUUCCUAGAAGGAACUAGUUGCUAGAGAAGGGAUUAGAAAAUUAAUGCAUUUGUGAACAUCCCAAAUAUAGUGAGAAUUCACACACCACAAUACAGGCAACAACUGUCUUUAUGAAAAUGCAAGUGUAGCUAAAACUUAUUUGUUGAAUCGGCAUCUGUUGCCUGGAAAAAAACCCAGCUUCUGAAUUCCAAGCUUUCCACUUUUUCAUGUACUGUACUUCUGAAAAAUGAAGUCCACUUGAGCUUUCUAAAAAUAGGGAAGAUUUUUGUCAUUUAAAUCUUUUGGUGGCAAAGGUUUGACGAUCUCUGGCAGUUAUUUAAUGCACUUUAAAGUUUUCUUCAGUGCUGCUUGACCUCUAGAAACUGACGUUCAUCAUCAUAUGGCCAGUCUGUUUACAGACUGCAAGUAAAAGGAGCAGUUGUGCAGAAUGCAUGGAAGAGGGAAUUCCAGCAGGGUGCAGCUUCCCCCCCGUCCACCACCUCCCUGCAUGAUAAGCUGCCCCUGCCAAAAUUCCCUCUUCCAUGCAACCUGGUCACCCUAUUAGCAAGAUGGAUUCUCUUAAAGCAGCAAUAUCGUGAUAUGUACCAACAUUACAUUUUUGCCCCUGCAGGACUGUGCCCUUGCAUCAUUCCCAGAAUAAUACAUUCUCAUGCCGGGUGGGAAACUGAAAAUGACCCUCACUGCUGCUGGUAGGCUCUUGUUUCACUCUGAGUGAUGGGAAGAAAUUCUGCAGCCCUGGUAGCUAGAAGUUAGAAAAAUGCCAUUUGCACUUUAGGCUGUAAGGAGAAUGCAACCUAAGAGACUAAAUAUUAUCUGAUGCCAUUUAUUAACAUCAUAUCUGUUUCUCUCCCUCCUUCUCGGAGCAUAUCCCUUAUUUUAAUUUGUUUAAAAAAUUAAAAUGAAACAAGUUUUAAAUAUGUAAUCACACCCCCAUUUUACAACGUUAGAGUGGCCCAUAAUUCAUUUUCUAUUAAACCGGUAUCUAUUUGCUUCCUUAUUUGUGGGAAUUGUAACCCUAACCCCCAAUGAAGAACAAUAGAGAGAAGUGGCCAAUCUGCUGCUUCAUCUGCUUUGCACUGGCCAAGACGGGUCAUAGAAUAAUAUAAAUCAUUGAAUUUCGUUGGAAAGGUACCACAAGGGUCAUCUAGUCCAACCCCCUACAAUGCAGGAUUUUUUUUGCCCAAUGUGGGGCUCAAACCUAUGACCCUGAGAUUAAAAGUCUCAUGCUCUACCAGUUGAGCUAUCCCGUUGCCAGGGGCAGUUUUUUCCUUUCCUUUUCUGCAUGUAUAAAUGUUCUACAUGGUUGAAUGUUCCUUCACAUAGAGAAUUGCAUAUUGAAAACUAGCAAGUCAGGGAAAAGUGUAGACUGAACCCUUCUCAUUGGCAUACUAGCUUCAAUAGGGAGAGAGGCUUUUUGGGAGGAAGCAUCCAGUCCCCAACAUGCUGUCUGAAAUAGUUCAGUGGUACAGGGACGCGGGUGGCGCUGUGGGUUAAACCACUGAGCCUUGGGCUUGCCGAUCAGAAGGUCGGUUGUUCGAAUCCCCGCGACAGAGUGAGCUCGCGUUGCUCAGUCCCUGCUCCUGCCAACCUAGCAGUUCGAAAGCACGUCAAAGUUCAAGUAGAUAAAUAGGUACCGCUCCAGCGGGAAGGUAAAUGGCGUUUCUGUGCGCUGCUCUGGUUUGCCAGAAGCGGCUUAGUCAUGCUGGCCACAUGACCUGAAAACUGUACAGCGGCUCCCUCAAUCAAUAAAGUGAGAUGAGCGCCACAACCCCAGAGUCGGCCACACCUGGACCUAAUGGUCAGGGGUACCUUUACCUUUACCUACCUCGGUUGUUGAACGUAUUCUGUUCCAGAAGACCAUGCCAUUUCCAAAACGUUCGACAACCAAGGCACAGUGGGCAGUCAGCAAACACAAUUGGGAAAAUUGAGAAACGCGCUUCAGAAGCCGUUCGACUUUUGAGGUGCGUUCAAAAGUGGAAGCAAUUACUUCCAGGUUUUCGGCGUUCGAAAACCAAAACAUUUGGCUUCCGAGACGCUUGAAAACUGAGGUUCCACUGUACACAGUCCAGGAAGAGCUUUACCAUUUGACUCUCAUUCCAGAGUCACUUGUGUGGCAAAGUUGUGCCACAGAGUCACCUUCCUGACACCAGCAUCACUUGAAUAAGAUACUGGGGGACCAGGUAAGCCCCACCCCACAUAAUCAAUGACAUUAUGGAGUGCACCAUUUGAAUGCCCAUCAACUUGGGGGGUAGCCCCCUCAAAUAUUUUAUUGGGCGAAGGGACCUUGCCCCGUAGGAGUUGGCUCCUAUGUUGCUGGUGCAAAGCAGUAGCAGGACAGGACAGUGGCAAGGUCAGAGCUCUACCAGGGGGAGCACCCAAUUAGUGCCACCAGGCUACUUGUGCAGCCCAGACCCUGCUGCUCCCCCCCCCCCUGGUCCUGGUAAACUGUAGUAAUGUCAGUGUUGGCAGAGUGGCUCUCUGACAUCAGCCCACCAUGCCAGCCACUCCUGCUUUCAUGAUCCUGUGUGAAGUGAACCUAAAUCACCCUAGUUGCAUAGGCUGAGUGCUGAGACAGUUUUGUGUGCACAAGCAGCGUGUCUGAAUCAAUCCUCUUCCAUGCAAAAGGGCAAAAUCAGCAGUCCCGUGGACCAGCACUUGAGCAGAAACUGUAUUGCUCCUGCAGCUCACUUCAGCACUGCUGAGCAUGCGGUUGGAGUUAGCCCUAGCCCAGCCCCGGACUUCGGACAAGAUCCACACACCCAGAUUCCUUUAACGGAAUACCCUUAAGCUUGGAGGGGCAGGUGAUGGCCACACCUCACCUCCCCCAUCAUAAGAGCGACCAAUGCCUAACUGCCAAACCUUACAAAGUUGUGAUGAUUGCUAUGAGGUAGGUGAAAACCAAUUGACCCAUGCCAAUUUGCCAAGUGGAAAAAUUCCUACCAGGCCCCUCAACGGCGACCAACCGAGGUCCAUAGCAAGGCCAAAUCCAAAACCUGAAAAUAGUGAGGGAGGGAGGGAGAUCGAGGAAGUGACCCAAAAGGAAGCUUUCCGGCUUGUGCCUUAGUUUAAAUUGGGCCCAGCCACGCUUCCCCCCCCCCCAGCCAGCAGAUUGGCUGCCAGGUGAAUAAUGCUGCUAGGAACCUUUGGGUGACGUGGGACUUUGUCCCCCUCCCCCAGAGGGGAGUGGGUGGCCAUGUGGUCCACCGCAAUUCCUCCCCACUGGGAAGUGGAAUGGAUUUGUACAUGGCAAAACCCAAUGACACUAAGGCCUAAGACCCUCUAUAUGCUCCCUUGCUGAUCUACAACCUUUCUCCUUGCUUGUCUCCUUGUCUCUGGCCCCCUCCAGCCUUUUCGACCGCUGGCAUCUGACCGUCCCAGCACUCAGCACCUGAACGCCUGGCAGUGACAACAGAAGUGUGUGUGUGUGUGUGUGUGUGUGUGUGUGUGUGUGUGUGUGUCUAUAUAUAUAUAUAUAUAUAUAUAUAUGAACAAUUGCUAGCAGAUUCUUGUUCAUGACUAAAAGAGUAUGUCUGAUCAUUACCCAACCUUUGCUAAACGUACCAACUAAUGGAGCGAGAGACAUGAAAGAUUUUCACAGGCCAUCUGGAAAUGUAAUUCAAACCUAACCUGAGGAGGUCAUGCUAAGUAAGAUGAAUUUUAAGCCUCCCCCCGCUUUUCAAUGCUGACCUUUGGCUUGUAAAAAAAGUCAUCAAAAAGUGAUAGUUUAAUAUGGGGCUUGGUAUCCCGAGGAGCCCUAUUAUCUGUUAACUGAAGAAUGGCUGAAAAUUAAGUAAUUUUUAAAAGCGAUCGAUGCAAACCUCCAGUCACUUUUAUGAGCUGUGUGUGUGUGUGUGUGUGUGUGUGUGUGUGUGUGUGUAAAAGUAAGAUAAUGGGAAGCACUGAAAGUUAACUGCACACACAAUGCAAAUGUAUUGGGGUUUUUUCUUUGGGGACAUAGAAAACUACCUUAUGCUGUGUCUAUCACUGGUUCCUCUAGCUCAGUAUUGUGUACUCUAGCAAGGGCUUUCCAGGAUUUAAGUCAAGGAAUCUCUCCCAGCCCUACCAAGUGAUGCCAGGACUCGAACCCUUGACCUUGUGCAUGCAAAGUAGAAGCUCUGCCACUGCGCUAUGGCCAUUUAUUUCCUCAGUGUCCUUCUUUUAAAAAGGUGUGAUCUGGUUUUUCCUUGAAUCAGGACCAGGCCAGCCACCACAACAUCCUUAGACAAUGCUUGACGCUAUGGGCAGUUUAUAGAUACAGGCAUCCAUUGCCAGACUCAAAUGUCAGCAGUCAAUCUUUAGUGCAGCACCCCAGCAGAUCCAAGGUCUCCUCCGGCUAUCAAAUAAGCACACGUCUGAAAAGCAUCUCCUUGUUAGUCCAAGGAAGGGAGAGCCCUGUCAACAGUGUUUCUUCUGAGGCUUCCUAGCACAGAGCAGUGUAUGCUUCAUGGCACUUCACUCCUACAUUUAUAUAGCUUUGUGAAAUCUUAAGCACUUAAGAGUAGCUUCUAGACACCACACUAGUCUUCCAGCUAUCCCAGCAGCAGCCACUGACAUCCAGUGGCCCCAAACACAUGCUACCAACCACAGGACAACAUUCAAAUAGUACAGAAGAGGCCAACUCACAAAAUGGUCUGAUGGUACAGGUUGCUGUUCAUUGUAAGAGAGAGCUGAAUAGGUUUUGCCCUGUUUGGUGAUUGGAUCAUGGACUGUCUGGGAGUCCAUUAUAAGCCGCCCUGAAUUUUUCUGAAGGAAGUAAAACAAUGGUGACGUUUCUGGCUUCUCCUGCCCUGAUCAUGUUAGCUAUGGCACAGGUUGCAGAAGGGAAUUCGGGUGCCUCAUUACUUCAUAAUGAUGUCACUCCCCACAUGUGUCAGGGAACUGGAGCCAGAGAAGGGGGAGAGAAUGGGAACUUACCGGGAGAAGGGUCCUUUAAUAAGCAGUUGCUCUUCCUCGGACGAGGAGGGUGACGAAGAGCUGUCAGGAGGGGUUGGGUCUUUAGUGUUAAGACCAAUAGAUGUUUUAUUGUUUGCUAAGAAAAUUAUGUGUCUAUGGUUAUUUUUGUAAUUUGUGUGUAAUUUGGUAUUUGUGGUUUUUUUUCUUGUUGUAUAAAUAAAAAACUUUAUUAAAAAAAAGAGCUGUCAGGAGGUAAUGUAUCUGAGAGGGGGGAGGUACUUCCGGGGACAAGCCAGCCUCAUCAGAGAGGAAGGAGGGGGGCUGGGCUUAGAAGGUGGUUAUGCUGCGGGAGAUCAAGAGGAAAGCCAGUCGGGACAACUGACCCGCCAUGGAAGUGUCAAACUUUUGAACUUGCUUGUACAUAGCUUCAAAGGAGUAAUAAAUCCUGUAAAUAUGGCUGGAUUCCCGGACUCUUAUCUUCGCUAGCACUCAUAACUCAUUGCUGACAACAUGUAAGCAGAAAGGGGGGGAAUUAUUCCUGUACAUGGCAACCCCACUUUGAGUGGCAUGGAGCGGUAGAUGUGUGCAACAUUUUGUCUUCAUUGUUCAAGGUCCCUUGCAACACAUGAGGGUGCCGCAACACAGUUUGAUGAUGAUGAUUUUAUUUGUAUUGCACCUAUGUGACUGGUUGCCCCAGCCACUCUGGGCAGCUUCCAACAUAUACAAAAAACAUACUAAAACCUCCCUGUACAAUGCUGCCUUCAGAUGACUUCUAAAAGUUGUACAGUUACUUAUUUCCUUGACAUCUGAUGAGAGGGCAUUCCACAGGGUGGGCACAACUACCGAAAAGGCCCUCUGCCUGGUUCCCUGUAACCUCACUUCUUGCAGUGAGGUUUAGGAACAUUGUUCCAAGGUUUAGGGAGCGCUGCAACCUUUCUAACAGCUGUGGAAUCAGAAUCUUUCAUAAAACACCUGCUUUCCUUUCUUCAGAAAGCAUUUCAGUGAAUAAGUAUAUUAAAAUAACAGACCCCGCCUGAGGCCUGAUUCACAAGGGGGUAUAUUCACACAAUGCUUGCUUCUUGCUUCAGUGCUGGUGCAACACAUUCUAUCUCCAUCUUCUUAAUAGGUUGACAUCAUUAGCAGACCCACCUAUCUUUGAAGUUCUCUCAAUCUCUGAUAGUAAUUUAGCAUACGCAAGUAGUUUUUUAAUCACAGAUCACCCUGAACUUGAAGUUGUUUCUCUUGGCAUUUUACUCCCCAUACUCCUUCCUCUCUCUCUCUCUCUCUCUCUCUCUCUCUUUCCAGACUACCUAAAGAUAUUAGCACUGUACAGAGCUGACAAAAUGAAUUCUGACAAAAGAUAAUUGCAUGAACCCUUUGUAGUCAAGUACUUAAAAUGUCUCGACAUUGUCAGUUUUUAUUUGAGUCAAAUCUCAGAGUUGAAACUGUUCUAUCAUAGCAGGACAGGUAGGGAAGGUGGUGUAGAGAGGAUGGGAAGGACAUUGCCAAAGCAGGGCUUUUCUGUGAAGUGUUACGAUUGGCCAGACUCUCAUUGGUAAUUAUUGUAGGGAAAAGGUCAGGUACUCAAAAUCUGGAGUACCACUUUCUGGUGAUGUACCAUCAGAAAGACUGAAACCAAUUUUAGAAAACCCCUCUGUCCGCUAGGGUAGGCUCAAAAUGACUUCUUAGUUUGCUAACAUGGAGGAAGAAGAGGAUUCAUGAACAUAUUAGUUACUACCCCCUCCCCAAAAAAAGUAAUUGAAAGCAACUUACAAAGAAUAGCAGACACAUGAAAAACAGCAUAGAACUAAAGCAGAAUAAUAGCUAAAAGCACAUUCAUGUUUAUUUUAAGGCAGGACCAAAGCAUCCCAGCAGAUAAAGGAGGCCACAGAUAAUUAAAGGCCAAAGUCCUGGCAGGAAAUCAACAUUUUUGCCUGGCACCACAGUGAUGGUACCUUGUGCGACUCCCUUGUGGGAGUGUUCCAUACUUGGGGAGCUGCCACUGAGAAGGCCCGUUCUUGUGUUGACACCCUCCACAUGGGCACAUGGGAAAGGGCCUCGGGGUCAAUGCAAGGUCUGGGUUGGCUCAUGGAGGAAGAGGAGGUUCUUGAAGUAGUGAGCUGACAUUUCAGCUUGCUUGAUGGAACUAUCUUGCAAAAUGUGUAUAUUAGUCAACGCUGCAUUCAAAAGUAUGUUUAUUAAGAGAAAUUCCCCAUCAAACCCUGUCCCAUUUUCAUGAGGGUAUAUUUUUUAUAAUAGCAAAUUGUUGUGGAAAUGUGGAGAUCUGAAUUUAUAAUUGGAAAAGUAAGAAACUCAGAGAAGUGAAAAUGAUAGAUUUGUCUGUGCCAGUGUAUUCUGUCCCAGAAUAACAGAAUUGUAGGGUUGGAUCAGAUCCCAAGGGUACCUAGUCUAACCCCCUGCAGUGCAGGAAUCCAAGCUGAAGAAUGCCUGACCUCUGUUUAAAAAACCUCCGAUGAAGGAGAGUCGGCCGCCUUCUAAUAUAAUUUGUCCCACAAUUGAACAACCCUCACCGUCAUAGUUAAUUCCCUGCCAUUGCAGUCAGAGAGAGGGAAGAAGAAAAGGCUUUCGGUCCCCCCAGCAAGAAUGGCUGGGCAGUGGAUGUGACACCACCAGAAAUGGACUAAAAAGGCAUGCCCCAAUUAACUAGGGCAGCAGAUUUUUUUUUUAAAAAAAUUAAGACAUUAUUUUUUAUACCAUCUUUAAAGGUGGCAUUUCUCUUCCUCUUUCUUGCGAGAGGAGUGCUUCUGCUAAGAUUAUGCCUGCUAUGACAUCCACAUGUGCAUCACCAAACAAUAAGUAAAGAAUGCUUCUUUCCGCAGAAAUAUUCCUACCCUUAAGCAAAUGCAAUUGGCUGAUUGAUUCAAGCUAAUAGAAUGACAUUAUUAAAAUUUAUUCAAUUUGGAUCGCAGCCCCAAUAAGGAUGGUUUUUGAGUGAAGAACACAAAGCCUAAGCUUACUAGGCUCUGAGCAAUUCUGCCCAGUUUUGCCCCUUACUAUUUAUUCAAAUGUGUGUGAAUGUGUGUUUCCCCCCCUUUUUUCCCCUCCCCCUCCCGUCUUCUCAGUUGAGAAGCAAGGGCUUAAGAAACGCUAUUCCUCAGUGACAUCCCCUGUCAGAUUUAGUCACUUUAUUAACCUUAUUCUCCCAAUCCCACCUCCAUUUAACGGUUAACAUAAUGCACUCCAAAUGUAAUUUAGCAACCGCACACAACUUAAAACGUAGAAUAUAAUUUCCUUCCCUCUCUCUUAGGGACCUCUAUGCAGAAAGCAAAUGAACCUGGGCUCACAGUUACAUAAACUUAGUUUUAGUGGAAGUGUUUGGGGGUGGCGGGGGGGGGGGCGACGAGGAUAAGUAGUCACUUAAGCAACUCCUCCCCACCAUCAAAAAUUACGAGCCCUAAUGGGCUCAGUCAAAGACACUCCAUUUCCAGCUGAAAGAGCUAGAAAUUUGUCAACCAGACAUAAUUAGAAGUUGAUGAAGUGCCGUGUUAGAGGAGCAUAGCGCAUAUAAAGAUGUGGCCUGCGUAGAAAACCUUCUUCGCCCUUUUAGUACCAAAUUCCCCUCUGCAGCCUUGAAUGUAUAUAGAUAGCAGCUGGGACCCAAGCAAGGGGAAAGAACAGUAUGACAGAAACAUACCCAAUGGUAAUUCCAGGCCUAACCCAAAAAGAAGGAAAAUCUAUGGGAAGCCAUUCAGGCUGAAACACUAAGAAAUCAUUAGUGAGCUGGGUCCAUUGACAACGACAAAAGAGAUUUAGGGAUGGGGUAGAAUUAUUGGCAUUUGCUUAAAUUUGCCAAUUUCAGCUGCAUCGGGGACAGGGGAUGUGUGCCGGAAAACUUGCCAGUGCAAAUACAAUUCAAAGGAUGCACUCAGGCAGAGGGUGACAGGUAACGAAAGGCUAGCCAAAUACAGAUUGCCCUACAAUUUAUUUCUGCCUGCCGGGAACCUAUUGCACUGGACUCAUCAGCCUGGAAGUGGCAGGUGGCCAAAAAUUAGCUUGAAAAGUCCAGCCGGCCUCUUGGCUGCAGAGCUUGGCGAGAGAGGACCAUGUCCAAAGGAAGUCUUUCAAAUCUUCCCUAAAUGUUCGGUGGGUUGUUGCUGUUUGUUGUUGUUCCUCCCCAUUAGCCUGGGCUUACGCCUGCUGCCGCAGUGUAAGAGCUGGGUAAAAAUUAUCAGCAAUGACAACUUCUUUAAUUGUUCCUUCUGGACAAGCAAACAGUGCCGGAUUUUAUUUUAUUUUUAUUGCAAAGAACUCCUACCUACUUGUACUUGGCAUUUCUCUGUUAAAUAGUUAUCUACUAAAAUAAAUCUAGAGUUCACCAACUCUAUUGUUACCACUACUGCUUCUUAUUGUACUCAAAAUAUGGAAUAGUCCUCACUUAAGGAGUCAUUGUCAGAUCAAGAAGCCCAGUAGUGUCAACAUUGACUGGAAAAUGAUGAUAUUAGCAAAAAUCACAUACAAAAAUGCAUUAUAUUAUGAUAAAUUGUUUGCAAAACUGUGUACAUUAGUCCAAACCAAAACAUGUUUAUUGACAGAAAAUCACACUUAUACAUUGAAAAUUCUUCAUGCUUUUUUAUAAAAAAAAUAAGUAAAUAAGAGAACUGAAUUUAAGGUGGGGAAAAUGAUAAGCUGAGAAAACCAAAAAUGACAGAACCUCCCAUCCUUACUAUUCACUGGGCAUAACAUAGACUGGGGUUGGGACUUGUGCAUCUGCUUUGCCACUGAGUUUUUACCAAACAUCUUUAGAUGUGACCUCAAGCCCAAGGGUCACAAAUGGAAGGAAAAGAGUGUAUCUAAAGCACUGGAUUACAGCUGCUGAGAAUUAUUUAAAAGAAAUAGAUGAUUGCUGGAGUAAUUUUAAGGCUGAUGGGCACACUGGAUAUUUGAGCAAGGCCAUGGGUACCACCCCUUUUGGUCACUUCUUCUCUCCCCACAUGCAGAGAAAGGACACCUACCCACCCCUUGCUUUCCCAAAGAACAUGCGUAAAACAGAUCCAGUAGAAGCAAUACAAGUCUUGAAAGGCACAUAGAGCUGAAAGAGGGAGUGGGAAUGAGUGUCUUCAAACUUCAGCUUUAUGUAUGUUUCAAGGGAGAAAUAGGUAAUUGACCUCAGCACCUUAUGUCCAAGGAACGCAGUGAGUUGGGGAAGGGGGAUUUAAGACAAUGGGCACCCCGGGAAGAUUUCAUGGUCUCACUCCCCCACUCCACCCAAAUACAGUAUUUCAUUUUAGGCAAAAAAAAAGAGAAAAGGUCCCAUCUCUUUGAUCAUUGGCUAGCUUUAUCCUCCUGUACAUAUUUGCUCAGAUAUGAAUCUUGUUAGCAGACCUUGCAGGUUGAGUGAAUUAAAUUGGAAUAAUCACAAUUUCUGGAGCUCAAAGGCUUUAUUCAUGCAGGAGCAGAUUUAUCUUGGCGGGAGCUAUAGGUGAGAAAUAGCAGACAUCUUGUCUCAACAAGUUGACAAGCAAAAUGGUUCGGCUUUUAGGGAUGGUGUUAACAUAGUCACAGAUAAAGCAAAGACUACAAGCCAAUGCUGAUUAGAUUGCUAGACGAACAGUGCAUUCAUGUGGUUUAAAGUACCACAUGCAUUAACUACAAACUCGAGAGAAGGAAAUGCAUUUGUUUUUCUCCAACAAAUCUUACACAACAAUGGAAUUCAUUCCCAAGUAAGUAUGCUAAAGGGUUGCAGCUGCAAUUGCCCUUUUCUGUAACUUUUCAAACCCUCUAAUACACUUUUGAAAUAUAGAUAGAUUGUAUGUGCUGACAAAUGGAGAGAAAGGAAGCUUGGUGGGUGGAGAGAUGAAUGAAGAAGAUUCAGACACUUGCCAAGGGUUGUGCAAAGAAUCUGCAGUGGUACUUCUACAUUAUGAAGAAAACUACAUGGAGAAUUUUAAAGCACUUUCAGUUCUAGGGAAGAAGGCUUCAUUAGAAGAUCUAUUUAUCUAUCUGUCCCUACACCUAUGUGUGUGUGUGCGCGCGCACACACACACACACACACACACACCCUCUCCUCAUUAUGAAGCCUCUGUUCCUUCUCAUUACUGUUGCACAAUUGGGAAGAGGAUCAUCUAUUCAUGUGUUCUCACUAAUUGUCUUAUUUCUACAAUGGUCUGUACUUUAACAAAAUCUGAAACAGUUAAUGAGCAAUAUAAUCUUUUUUUUCACAAAACAUGCCGCUUUUGUUCCUCUUUAAUCAGCAGUGUGACUGCUUGCCCUUUCUCUCCCCCCCCCCCAUCCCACCAAUGAUUGUAAUUCAUUCCCUUUGUUUCAUUUGCAGAAGAAAGAGGAACAGGGCUGAGUAUCUAAAAAUGCACCAACACCAUUCAUUCAUUCAUUCAUUCAUUCAUAUAUAUUUUUCCUUAAGCAUUUCAGCUCAGCCAGAAAUAAACCAGCAUACCCUAAUCCUAAAAGGAAAGAAAUGGAAAGAAAAUGUGGAAGAAGAAAAAAGUUGAAUCUUGUUGUUGAAAAGCUUUGCAACUUUGACAGAAGUUUUCUUCAUCCCUCACUAUGAAAAGCAGACCGUUCCUUUCUGAAUUCAUCUGGGGUAUUUUUUUUCCCUCCCAGCUGCUACUUUUCUUAAAACCCUUUUGCUUGGGAGCAUGUGUUGUUGCUAUUACAAAUGAAAAUUGGCUGUGAUAUAUGAAAUGAUUAUAUCAGCAAUGGACACAAUUCUAGGUUGCUGUUCUUCUGUAGUGUGUAGUUCUAAGAAACCUUGUGCAAAUCACCGUCCUGUUUAUGUAGGUACAUAUGUGGGGGCAGUAACCUGUGGGUGUCCAUGCUAACACCCAGUUCUUAGGAAGCCCUGGGUUUUUUGUGGUUUUUUUUUUUUUUGCAAUUUCUCCAUUUUGUGAGACAGAGGGAGAAGGAGAGGGAUUCAAGAGGGUCUGGUGUCAGCAUAGAUCUUGCCCUGGCUCAGGGGGUCACCAAAAUGGUCUUCCCUGGUGUCCAUGAGACCCACUCACAGGUCCUUGGUCAGAGGUGAUGAAGGUGCAUCCCUUUUCUCUGAAGAAGGAAUUUGGAAGAGUGACACUCUUACUCAUGUCCUCUUUCAGGCUCUGUGUGCUUUUUAAGGCUCAGACUAAGGUAAUAAAAAUACCACAAGUAAAAUAAAUCCAAUGUCUUGGAUAGCUUUGAGCAAGAGGUUAACAAAAUCAUGGAAGGUAAAUUUAACCAUGACUAGUAUUCAUGAUAAUUGAAUAUGGUGAGGAGUCACCAUAUAAUUAGUGCUUUUUUGUAUAUUUGUUAAUAAACAGAUGUUAUAAAACACUACAAGUCUUCAGAAUGCUCUCCUCAUGAGGAAAUUGAUCCUGUAAAGCUUCUCUGAGACUUCUUACCAUUUGGUAGGAAAGCAGAAAUUAGUAUUCUCUCAAAUAUGUUAUGUUUCAUAACCAAAAGAGCAUUCUAUUUAUUAUUACAAGUCAUCCAUAGCAGCUACUGUUCCCUUUAUCUAGAAAGUAUUAAUGGAACAAAAAUCAAAGGAUAAUACUCUGCAACUCACUAUCACUUCAAUAUAGUAUCACAUCAAUAUACAGUAACACUUGUCUCCAAAAAAGGUUUAUCCAAAUGCAUCUGGGAAGCUAUAUACUAAGCAUGGUGAUGCACAACCAUCUUCUAUACAUUGUUCAACAGUAUAGUUUCUUUGAAUACGGGGAUUUCUUUAUUAACAAAUAUACAAAAAAACAGGUGGCAAGCAAGUAGGUACUGCUACAAUCAGCUGACCAAAGCAAAAGGACAUCGCAGCCUUGAUUUUUGCCAAACAAAAUAAUUACCUAUUUUAUUUCUUUCUAUUUAGAUGAGUCCCAGCCAGUUUCAGCCUGCACCAACACAGGUAGGCAGAAUAUCCCAUCUGUGCCCCCAAACAGACCCAAGCCAAAAGUAAAGUGUAAAAAUUGAACAGCAUAACAAAAUGACCUAUGACAACAUGCUUUAUAUGAACACCGGUUUUGACGCUACCUUCCAUUGUUAUAUGUUAAAAACACAUUCAAAAUCCAGUCAUUGUUGACAGGUUUGUUCUGAAACAAUCCUAGGCUCUAUUUAAGAUAAGCAUUCCUAAUUGUGGCUGCCAGCUGCUUUUCCUCUGUGUAUCUUAAGAGCAUCUUGCUGCAAGAAACUUCGAUCAAAUCUGACUUCGCAACCAAUAUUGUGGUCUUCAUCACUUUAACGGGAGCGUCCCUAUUGGAUUCAAGACAGUGAAGCAUUAAGGAAAUGAAAUAUAUAUUUAAAUACAUACAGCACUGUGUGAUUUGUUGGGAACAUUUCUAGAACUGACAAGUUACAAGCCAUGUCUGUGAAGCCCGCAGGGAACUUUCAAAACUCAAGCAGCCAGCAGUUUCUAAUCACUGCCUAUCAUUAGCAUUUUAGUGAAUAGAUUUUUUUAAAAAAGAAAAUAAAUGAAAAAUCUUGACUGUGAAGAAAGAUGACAUUUGUUAAAGCAAAUAAUCCUGUACAUUUAAAGAUGAAGAUGUAACAUUUGUAGAGUAAUGGAGGUGGUUUGAUUUGAUAGCCUUGUUGCCAAACUCCCAAGUACACAUGCAUUUUACUGUCCUGGGGAGAUAUUAGGGGCAGGUAGAUUCUACACAACAUGGUUCAUUUUGAAGCAGCAAAAUAGUGGGAGGUCCCUAUUGGCCAAUAUCUGUGUCUUGCCAACACACUGCCUGCCCAGCAUCUCCACAGCAGUUGGUGAAUACUCCCUGCUCCCCCAUAGAGAAAUAAAAUUGUAGAUAGACAAACCUGUAUAUAUGUUCCUGUAAGUCAUCACAGCCUAGAUUGAAAAUGAUGAUGUGCAAGGGAUAGCCAACAGCACAUCAUCGUUUUCAAUCUAGGCUGUGUUGACUUACAGGAAAUGGGAGAUGGAAGUUCUCUUUUAAAAGUGUCCUGGAGAAGUAGCUCAGUAUUGGCUGGUCCUGGAUCUACAUGCUUGUUUGCCUUUAAUUAUAUUUUUGGGUUAGCGGCUUUAUUUUUAUAUGCCAAAUUGUGUAGUAACCUUCUUCCCUAACCUGAGACUGAAAGGAGUUGGAGGGCACUGUCUGGAGGGCACCAGCUUGGGGAAGGCUGGUGCAGAGGACAGUUCCUAUGUAGCACCCAAGUACUGUAAAAUUAACAUAAAAUGCAAUAAAAUUACAAUAUGAAAAAUCAACACAAUAAAAAAGCAAGCAUUAAAAACAAGGGGAAGUGUCUGUCUGGAAUGGGAAGCCAGCUGCCGAUCCAGGGUUGAGCUUCCUGAUGUGCACAUGAGAAAUACAACUUGCUAUUUUCAUUUCUUUUCUUACUAGGUUGAAUCAGUACACAAGACUAAGCAAUAACGGGACAAGACUUGGAACCUGGGUGCGUGCAGAUGCACAUUCUUCCAUAUUGUCCUCCCCAAAUGCCUCUGGUUGUGAUCUGAAGCCGUGCACCAGAACUGUCUACUCUGUGAAGCUGCCAGAGUGUGGGAUUGGUUACCUGUUAACACCCAAGAAAUCAGAAGUAAGUAUUGUCCAAUGCAUUGUGUAUACAUCAAGGUAGCUAGUAGAAGAACAUAAGAAGAACACAAGGAGAUCAGACCAAAUAUCCUUCUAGUCCAGUAUCCUUCAAUGGUGGCCAGUCAGAUGCCCUUAUAGAGUCUACAAGCACGAGGUGCCAAUGCAUUUCAGCUGAAGCCAAACUUCAGGCAAACUGGAGAGUUCUGGGCAAGUUUUUUAUACAGGUGCUAAAACCACCUUGAAAGGGAUGCAGGUGGUGCUGUGGGUUAAACCACAGAGGCUAGGACUUGCCGAUCAGAAGGUCAGUGGUUUGAAUCCCCAUGACGGGGUGAGCUCCCGUUGCUCGGUCCCUGCUCCUGCCAACCUAGCAAUUCGAAAGCACGUCAAAGUGCAAGUAGAUAAAUAGGUACUGCUCUGGCGGGAAGGUAAACGGCAUUUCUGUGCACUGCUCUGGUUCGCCAGAAGCGGCUUAGUCCUGCUGGCCACAUGACCCGGAAGCUGUACGCCGGCUCCCUCGGCCAAUAAAGUGAGAUUAGUGCCACAACCCCAGAGUCGGCCACGACUGGACCUAAUGGUCAGGGGUCCCUUUACUUUACUAAAACCACCUUGAAAGGUUUAGCAAAGUUUCUUGUGACGGGCGUGUGAAGGAAGGAAUGUGAACAUCUAUAAAUUAGCUUACAUUCCCAUACGUAUGGCUUUUCCUUGCUUUGUGGGAUUUUCAAAUGAGACUUCAAGUGGUGUAUCUAGUAGUUGUAGUAGUAGUAGUAAUAAUAAUAAUAAGAAAUGAUUAUGAUGAUUAUUACCCAACCCAUCUGACUGGGUUGCCCCAGCCACUCUGAGUGGCUUCCAGCAUAUAUAAAAACCUUAAACCUUAAAAAGUUUCCCUAUGCAGGGCUGCCUUCAGAUGUUUCCUAAAUGUUAUACUCAUCUCCUUAGGUUUGCUUCAUGCCUGGCACAGAAUGCUCAUUUGCAUUACAAAUGCCUCUCUUCCCUGUUCUCUUCUGCAUCGAAAAAGAUCACAUAAAUAGCAUGAGCGAAAACCUAAAAAGCAAUUUUGCGUCCCAUGGACAAAAAUGCUCUUUCACUGUCUCCCCGUUGCAUUUUGACAAUGUUUCUGGCGAAAAACAAACAGAAGAAACAGUCCUUCUCUUCUCAUACAAGGGCUUCCAGUCCUAUAACAGGAAAUCCUUUUGAAACAUGAGAGUGUAAACAUGGGUAAUGCACGCACCGCUAACUUGCCGUCUGGCUUCCUGAGCUGGCUCGAACGUGUUUUCAAGCAAGUAUAUUUUUUAUUUUUCACCUUUUUAAAGGCAAAACAGGGGUGUCUUCUUAUCUCUUCCCACCCUGUUCUCAUAUACCCAGCAUUCUCACCAGUCUUGCUUAGAAAGAAAAGUUAUUUUGGAAUGAAACUGGGGCCAUUUUUCAGAGCGUGGUCCAAACGAAGCAAAUAGCUCCAAAAUACAUUUCAGAAUAUGUAAGCUGAUCUUUCCCCCCUCCAACAAGGAGAGAGAGAGAGAGAGAGAGAGAGAGAACACCAAAGCGUCCAAAGGGUUGUUUAUUUACCAGGAAUGCAAGGCGGUCUGAUGAGAGCGAGUGAUGUGGAGUGUCACUUGCAUUGUUGCCCACUGAUAGGCUACUACUGACAGGGUGAGCCUGACAACAUGACAUGCAGUGUGCUAGCCAGCUCUGGGGGUCAGCCUAAGCUUAGGGAUGGGUGGCCAACCAGGAAAUCGGAGCUGAGAGAUAGAGUUUGGGGAUUGUGGUCCCUCUGGGGCAGGCAGUAAAAAGCUCUGCUGACUGCCACACACCUCCUGCUGCCUGAUCCAUGGAGAGAGCGUCUGUAGGUUUCAGUUCCAAAGGUAUGGGAUGGCUGCCCCUCUGGGACCAAAGAACAUUGCUGUGAAAGCAAGGGGACCUGAGGCCGAGAAAAGAGGAACACCUCUUGCCAGAAUAAGGAAGAGACUCCAGGGGAUCAGAGCAGCAAAGACAAAUUAUUGACUGAACUGCCACCUUUUGUUUGUUCCACAAAGGAAGAGCUCUGUAACAGAAGUGAAGGGUUGGCUCACAGGAUGCCUGGGGCUUUGUGUCUUCUGUACUAAAGGAAUGUAGAAUAUUAUGCAAAAGCAAUUCCAAUCUCGAGCCAGGAAUAGCUGCACUCAGUGCAUCAGUUAUGCAAAUUUGCCAAUCUGUACAAUUUCCUGUUUUGCCCUAUUCUGGGUCUGUAGCCAUGGGGGGAGGGCAAAGGAGCCUCGUAGACAAAUGAAGUCACAACCUCAAAUCUUAAUUCAGGGAUUGCUUGCAUACCGUCAAGCAUAUCUCCACAGCCAUGAGGGCUAGAAACUUGUCCUCCCCGUCACGCACACUCACUCAUACAAAGGGAAGCCAGUUCCUCAUGAAGCUAAGAUCUGCCCCAACAUUAGAUUCUUCAAGUUUCCUGUGCCUCCAGGCAUCACAGCCUACAUAGAGUAGCACCACUAGUAUGGUUAGAGUGCUGGAGCUGUGGAGACCCUCUGAGGCAUAAAGUUCAUGUGUGAUAUUGGGCCUGUCGCUAUCUCACAGCCUAACUUACCAGAGUUGAUGUAAGGAUAAAACGAGGGAGGGGAGAACCAUGUAUGCCACCAUGAGGUUCCUCCAUGUUUAUUAUAUCCCCUGCCCUGUUUUCUCUCCUGUCCCACCCCCUGCACACCCACCAAUCACAAAUAGAUUCCACAAAGGAGAAAAAAAAACCCUCCCAUUUCAUUUCUGAAUGUGUUUGAUGUGUGUCCAGAGACAGCAUCUAGCGUGAUUAUGCCAGUUUUCAGCUCACAAGCGUACAGUCAUGGUGCUCCUUUUCCUUGGCCUUGCAGAAUCAGACUCCUAGGAACUGGGGGUAUAGAAAUAGCUUGUUUUCAUUUAAAACACUUUGCAGCUUCUGCUAAUUUCAGUUUCUUGCAUAACCAAAUGUCUCUUUAUUUGUGUAUUACAAUCCUCCCUUCCUCCAAUAAGCCUCACACCACCAAUCCUGUGAGGUGGAUUAGCCUGAGAGGGAGAAUGACUACCUCAAGCUCACCCAGCGAGCGUUAUCAUAAUUUUAUUAAAUUUUCAAAUUUUACAUUUCAAAUUAAACAUACUUUAUUAAACCAUGUGUUCAUUGACUUCCCUCCUUCUCCUACCAAGGUUAAUUUAACUUAUCCACCAUUCCUGUAUAUUUUAAAAUAAUAAUAAUAAUAAUAAUAAUAAUAAUAAUUUAUUAUUUAUACCCCGUCCAUCUGGCUGGGUUUCCCAUUUAAUUUCCCAUCUAGUUAUUAUAUCCAUCUAAUUUAAUUUUCCUAUCUUACAUCAGUUCAAAAUAUGUUAAACUGUUGAAUUACUUUAAAACUGCCAGCGUUUUUAACUGUGCACAAUUAUUUUCUAUUUACUCGACAAAAAAAUUCCACUCCCCUUGUUCCCUUAUUCUACUUAUUAGACCUGCUAAUUCUGCAUAUUCUAUCAUUUUAAGUUGCCAGUCUUCCUUACUAGGGACCUCUCUCACUUUCCAUUUUUGGGCUAACAAAAUCCAAGAUGCUGUUGUUGCAUACAUGAAUAUGCUCUUCUGAUUCCUGGGAACCUCUGUCUGAACAAUACCUAACAGAAAUGCCUCUGGUUUGGGGGGGGGAGUUGUUUUAAACAUUUUUUCAUCUCAUUAGAUAUCAUUUCCCAAUAUACUUUAACUUUUUUGCAUGUCCACCACAUAUGGAAAAAAGUUCCUUCUACUUCUCUGCAUUUCCAACUUAAGUCUGAUUCCACAUUAUACAUCCUAGCCAAACUACUCGGAGUUAAAUGCCAUUUAUGGAUCAUUUUCAUAUAAUUCUCUUUCAGUGUGUAGCAUGCAGUAAAUUUCUAUCAUUCUUCCAAAGUUUCUCCCAGAUGUUAUAUUACAUCCUAUAUCCAUUACCCAGUGGGUCAUUGAUGCUUUUUCCAGCUCAUCUUUUGUUUCCCAUUCCAAUAAUAGUUUAUACAUUUUGGACAAUAAUUAUUCCUUGUUCAUCAAUAACUCUCUUCAAAUUGUGAGCUUUGGUCCAAAAAGCCAUUUUUCUCUUCUAAUUUAAACAUAUCAUGUAAUUGGUGAUAUUGUAGUCAAUCAGUAACUUGGCUCCUUACUUUUUCCAGUGGUUCCAGAAAAGUCGAACAGAUUUCUAUAAGUCGCUCACUGUCUAUCCAUGUAAUUUUUUCAAUUGACGACAACCAUAGGGCUGUUUUUCUUUCCAACAAAUUUUUGUGUUUUCCCCAGACUCUGUACAAAUUUCUCCUGAUAACAUGGUUCAUAAAACUAUAUAUUUUAGCUUUCCCAUACCAAAGACAUGCAUGCCAGCCAAACUUCAUAUCAUGGCCUUCUAGGUCUAAAAUGUGUGCAUCCUCCAAUACAAUCCAUUCCCUUAGUCAACACAAGCAAGCUGGCUCAUAGUACAAUUGUAGAUCUGGCAGGGCAACGCCCACUCUUUCUUUUGUAUCAAUCAAAAUUUUGUAUUUAAUUCACAGCUCCCCCCCCCAACAAAUUUAGAAAUAUCCUUUUUCCAUUCCUUGAGGCAACUUGGUUUGUCAACAACUGGGAUUGAUUGAAAUAAAAAUAACAUUUUGGGGCACCCAGCAAGUGUUAUAACCUAGUGGAGAUUUGAACCUGAGUCUCCCUGGUCCCAGUCUGAUACACUCUACCCACAACACUGUAGAUAGCUCAGUCGGUAGAGCACGAGACUCUUAAUUUCAGGGUCGUGGGUUUGAGCCCCAUGUUGAGCAAGAGAGUCCUGUGUUUCAGGGGGUUGGACAAUGACCCUUGUGGUCUUUUCCAACUCUAUAAUUCUAUGAUUCUAACACCCCAUUGGCUCUGAGGAAAAUGCAUGAGUCAGGAACUGGACUUCCUGGAUCUCAGAGGAAAGCCUAGGUGGCAGACAAAAAAGAGCUCUGAGUGCGUUCCAGCUAAGCUGUCUCCCCUGAUACCUUGCUCAGAAAUAUGUACCACCAAUGCACACAUCAGCGGAACACGAUGAAAUAGUUGCCACCUGUAUAGAAGAUAUUACAAAUAUCAAAUACUACAUCUCAUAAGAUGUCUUCUACUAUGUAUUUUGGAAAGUUGUUUGUCUGUCCUCUAUGCAUUUGGACAUCUCUUAAGAUACCAUAAUCAAAUGUUGCAUGGUGGUUCCUGGGAUUUUUGUCUAUGUUUGGAUACAGUUGGACACCAUUUUGAAUCAAGAUGGUGGACUAAUUAUAAUAUGCAGUUGACUUAGGUAUUUAAAGAAUCCAUGGAGGAGAGGAGGGAAGUCCUAAGAUUUGAAAUACUCUUGUUUUAUUUGUAAUGUUUUCAAGAAUGUUAAAUGUGUGAUUGAUUUUGUAAAACGGAAAAAAAUAUAUUUUAAAAAAUGAAUCAAGAUGGUGGACUGAACCUUUCAAAACUUUACUGUUGUUUGGGCUUCUUAGAAUUCCCAAGCAACAUUAGGUAUGAGGCUGCUGGUAAAUAGAAGUAUAUAUUCAAUGCAUUUUCAGAGACUGAAGAAUUUUAAGCAUCAGAAUUUGCAAAUAAAUUUGAAGUGAGAUCAUGGGAAAACUCCCAUAAUCUUAUCUUCACAUACAUUUACCUUCUGGUCUUCACUCUGAAAGUUCCUCACUUAUUCUCAGAGCAUACAUAGAUGAACUAUUUGAUAAUUUACUACAGAGUGCAUCAAGCCACUUGGUAAAAUGGUUGCCUGCAACAUCUUGCCAAGUAUUGGGAGUUUUUUAAAAACAACAAUAACAGCUUUUCCUCUGCUCCCCAGAAUAUCUCACUGGGUGCAGAAACACAGUAAAACUAUCACCAUCAACAAUGGACAGGACUUUAUAGACAGCUAGCUUAACUUGUAUAUACAUCCACACUAUGAUAAAGUAAAGGUAAAGGGACCCCCUGACCAUUAGGUCCAGUCGUGACUGACUCUGGGGUUGCGGCGCUCAUCUCGCUUUAUUGGUCAAGGGAGCUGGCGUACAGCUUCCGGGUCAUGUGGCCAGCAUGACCAAGCCGCUUUUGGUGAACCAGAGCAGCGCACGGAAACGCCGUUUACCUUCCCGCCGGAACGGUACCUAUUUAUCUACUUGCACUUUGACGUGCUUUUGAACUGCUAGGUUGGCAGGAGCUGGGACCGAACAACGGGAGCUCACCCCGUCGUGGGGAUUUGAACCGCCAACCUUCUGAUUGGCAAGUCCUAGGCUCUGUGGUUUAACCCACAGCGCCAACAGUGUCCCACACUAUGAUAAGUAACCACUAAACCAUUUUCUGUAUUCAGUCUUUUCAGAAAAUGAACAGAAUGCAAGCUCAGACUCUAACAAGCACAGAUCAGUAUGUGUAAGGCUGAGUUGAUAAAAGUGAAAAUCUAUCCUAGGAUAUGGUUGGAAGGCACAUGAGAAUGUUACCUUACUUAACCAAAGCUGGCCUGGAUCUGGUCAGUGUCUGAACUGGUGACCAAUGGGUGCCUAGAAAUAAUAUGUACACCUUGAGUUCAAUGGCGUGAGGCGUUGGGGAUUGGUAUAUAAAUGAACAACAAUGGCAAAAUUCCUCAGUCUCUUCCCCAUCGUUACAUUGCCACAGCAUUACAGCUACAGCAAAAUUCCUACUCAUGCAAGGGGGGCGGACAACUGAGGAAUUUUUAGUAAACCCGCAGAGGGGUUCCCACCUAUCAGUGAAAUAUGAAAAAAAAGGGGGAAGGGGGGAAACUUUCCUGUUUUCCUCUCCCCAUCAGCGUGCUUUUUCCAUGAUAGGCCAAACUUCUGUGCUCUCUGCAGCUGCCCUGUGCAGGCUGUGACAGGAGGAAGGCUGGGAGCUGACAGUGCUUAAGAGAGAGGAAAGGCGGGGAGGGGGGGAGCAUGGCUACCCCCAAUCCCCCUCUUGAAGCUGAUAAUUAAUAAAUGAAAUGCCCUGGGACUCCACUAAAGCUUCUUUCGAUGACAUAUCUGUCGUGAGCUCGGCAAAGCAUUAAAUGGCCAUUUUCUGACAGAAUGACUUCACUGCCUUGGCGCUUCCUUGACUUUGUGGAGAAUAUGUUUCCUUUUUUCUUCUCCCUCUCUCUCUUUCUCUCUCUCUCUCUUUUAUUGCCUCCUCUUUCUCUCUCUCUCUGUCUUUGGCUUAUUCUUUCUCUUCCUCUCUCUCUCUCUUCCUCUCUCUCUCUCCCUGGUUGACGGCUCUAGUUCAUUUCUGCCUGUUUAAUUGGGCCCCGGAUGAAUUUACUCGACAGGGCCAUUCAUCAUGUGGCAGCCGCUGGCGGACGAGCCCAGGGGGAGCCAGGCUGACAGCUCCGGCAGCCUCGGAUGCCGCCUGACUCUGGGAAGUUCACAUAUUUGGGCAUUAGUGCAGCUAUUAGUUUAACAAGCUUCGUUUAUCCUUGUCACUACCACUUCAGCUUCCCAUGUAAUCAUUUGAAAUGUAGAUUACUGCUAGACAAAUGGGACAGAGCAAGAGGAUGCAGGAGGGAAAAAGUGACAUGGAUUGCUUGUUACGAGCUGUUUUUCCCCCUCCCCUUAAAAAAAUCCACUCCUCUUAAUUCCCUUCCAGUGCAAGCCUCUUUGAUUAACUUAAUAUUCACAUUAUUUCUAUGGUAAGGGCUCCGCCACCUGUGUACAGCCCCUGUCUUGAAACUGGUUGUCUUGACCUGAAAUGUACUUUAAGCGUCUAGACCUUUGUCCAGGGAAGGCGGAAGGCUUGCAUACCCAGAUUCUGCCCCCCUCCCCUUCUCAUCUCUAGCUAGUAAGAAAAAAACAGCAACCCUUGAAUUUCCAGGAGGAAGCUAGUGGUGCCACAACAGCCUAGCCAACAAAUGCAAUCCGUCAUGUGUAUCAGGAGUGAGGUGCAUCUGUGCCAGAUUGCCAAAAUCAUUCCUUGUAAUUCCUCCUCCAAAUGUUAUUGCUCAAGACAGAUUAUGCUAAGGCUUAAACAGGAGCUAUAUUUUCAGAGACAUAGAAAUGUUCUUGUCAUUCUCCUGUUGCACACAGGGCAUAUUUUGAUGUGUUUUUCUUUUGGACUUCUAUCCCUGACUAACCAGGAAUUCAUUGUAGCUCAAGAGCUGGGGAUAGAUUAUUCUGCCCUUUCUGCUUUAACCCAGGCUCUGAUUUCUCCAGCCUUAAAUUCAGUUCUUACAUUUCCAUAUCAAAAAAAAUUUUAAAAAUUAAAAAAUUGUCUGGUAGGACCUUAGAGACCAACUUGUGCACAUUCAGCUUUACGAGCAUGGCCAAAAAAUAUUUAAAAAUUAAAAAGGGGACAGACCUCUGGGGAAAAUGUCUUUGGUGAUCUCGUCUGCCACUGACCCCGAUGAGUUUUGACUAUAUGCGAUUUUGGCUUUAGGCGCGAUCUCCAGAAUGUAACCCCUGCAUUUGUUCCGGACUUACCGUAAAACAAAAAAGUUUGCCUUGCAAACUGUAUUAGGAGAUGUGAUUAGGUAGGAUUUCAUUUGUUUAUCAAAUUUACACCCUGCUUUUUGACCUCAAAGCAAUUUACAAGAUCAGUCAAGUGCAGUGGGAACAUUUUAAAAUACUGAUGCUCCACACAAGACAGCAAAACAAGCCCAGUUACCUAUUUUUCGCUCUAUAAGACGCACCAGACCAUAAGACGCACCUAGUUUUUGGAGGAGGAAAACAAGAAAAAAAAUAUUCUGAAUCUCAGAAGCCAGAACAACAAGAGGGAUCACUGUGCAGCAAAAGCAGUGAUCCCUCUUGCUGUUCUGGCUUCUGGGAUAGCUGCACAGCCUACAUUCGCUCCAUAAGACGCACACACAUUUCCCCUUACUUUUUAGGAGGGAAAAAGUGAGUCUUAUAGAGCAAAAAAUACGGUAGAUCAGGAACAGGCACCUGAUGCGCGCGCUCUCUCUCUUGUUCCUUGCUCCUGGGCUCUUUCCCACAAAGCAUUUGGUCUUCAAUCACUCUGGAGACACCCCAGCUGGAGCAGGAGUCUGCUUUGUUUUGUUUUUUUACCUGCUGUGCUGUUGCCCAGGAGGGCUGCUUUUCUUAGAAACAAACUCCCAGCACUUGAGGUAAACUCAGACAUGAACAGCUUUAUUUAAGUACAGCAGACAAGGAGCUCUGCUUAUUCCUGGGCCUCCAGGUCCACGUUGGCUUCUUCCUCCCACUCUGCUCCAUAGGAAGUUCCCUCUUCAAGUACUUCUCCUUGGCCCAGGAACCAACUAUAUUCACACCUGCUACCCUCUCUUUCCCCCUAGAUUCAUUGAAUGAGAGAACCUAUCACCUGUGAGUAAGAACUCCACAGCAGCAGUUUGCCAUAUGCAACAGUGAGACAAUGGAGAGAACUAAGAAAUAAGGUAAGUUUGCUUUGCUUUGCUUUGCUUUGCUUUGCUUUGGUAAUAUUGUUGCCCCAACCAGGGUUCCCACCCCUCCCCAUAGCACAGGAGAGUUCUGGCUGAGAUGAAUAGGCCUAAAACUUGGAAGGUUACUGGUUCUUUCCAUACAUGUGAAUGUGCUGAAUUAAAAUAAAAAUGUUCAGUCCCUGAGGAUCCCAAACUGACAAUGAGACAACAUUGGGCUUGGGUCAUAGCCAAGUUCUCCCAACCACCUGUGAGCCCUCAGUUAGAGUUAAGUAUAAUGGCUUAAUUGCGGCUAACAACACAUUUAAAACACUUUAAAACACUUAAUUAUAAAAGCAGCAUAAAGUACAGUAUAAAAACAUGAAUAACUAUAAAAUUCAAAAAUCAAUUCGAUAAUCCCCAGGGCUAGCUGGCUGAAUUGGUCCUACUUGGGCCAGCGAGGAGGUCAGGGGAGAAUUAGCUGUGGGCUCUCAGAGUGGGUGAUCUUCAUAAAAGGGGAGGGGGAGGGAAGGGAAAUAAAAGAUCAGACUGAAUUCAAAUGAAAGGCCAGGUGGAAUAGCUCUGUCUUACAGGCCCAACGGAAGGAGGUUAAAUCCUGAAGGGCCCUAGUCUCAUGGGACAGAGCAUUCCACCAGGUCGGAGCCAUCACUGAAAAGCCCUGGCCCUGGUGGAGGAUAGUCUGACUUCCUUAGGGCCCGAGAAGGGGACGACAGAGGAUGAGAUGGUUGGACAGUGUUCUCGAAGCUACGAACAUGAGUUUGACCAAACUGCAGGAGGCAGUGGAAGACAGGAGUGCCUGGCGUGCUCUGGUCCAUGGGGUCACGAAGAGUCUGACACGACUAAACAACUAAACAACAACAACAUAUAAGGGCUUGCACACCAUUGUUCUGGGUUCCUCCUCCCUUCUGCUUGGGACGGGGGGGGCAGGGUGAACACCCUGUUGCAACAGUUUAAUAAAGAUCAUGCUUACUAGCUGCUUUGCUUCUCAAUAUUCUCUGGUUGGCCUCUGCUAUUUUCUCCUACAAAUAGAGAAUCUACAAAAGGACUCUAUAUGGACUCUUGGGUACCCCAUAAGAGAAAAGGAGCAGUUUUUAUUUUAACAAGCUCCAGGCCAAAAAUGAAUGUUGCGGGAAGAGACAGACCUCUGCUUCUUAAUUUUGUUGGAAUUAUUUCAUUUUUUGUAAGAUGCUGAGCCUGUGCUGGACAGCACAAGAUGUUGUAUUGAUAUUUUUGAUUUAUCAUUUGAUGCAUUUUGAAGAGUUUGGCUAGUAAAAUUUGAAUAAUAUUUUCAUGGGUCUGGACAACGCUCCAUUUCAACCUUCAGCUACCUAGAGUAAGACGGCAGCUCGGCAGGGAGUUGCAUAAAGAGGCUCAGUGUUGUUCCUCCAAAAAAUGUUUUAUCAGCUAUUUUUAAAGCCUUUUAAAAAGCUUUUUAAACUUUCAACCUUCUCAAUUUGUAAUUUGGAUGUCUUUCUGGGCCUUGGAACCUUGCUCCCUGUCAGUUUGCAUUUCUUAGCGCAGAAAGUAUUGAUCGGAUGUGUAGAGAUCUUUCCUAUUCUACUUAAUUCAGGAGGGUUCUGGAAGCUUUUCUGUGUGAAAGAAACAAGCAGAAGGUUCAUGAUGUUUGGGUUAUUCCUUCAGAGAAGCUGAGUACAGCUGGCCUAAACUGGUUCUGUUAUCUCUUCUUCAAGGUCAUGCUAUAAUAAGAGGCCUGGGCUUCCCCUUUUCUCUUUCUUUCUUUUUUCCGUCUGGUGUGGUGUUCUGUAUAUAGUGUUAAGGUUUAGACUUAUUAUAAGUUAAUGCAAGUUUAAGUUAAGCCUGGAAGCAGGCUUCAGAGCUCCGCAGAUAACAGGACUGUAAUUAGCGUUGAUUGCCACCCAGGGAAGUAAUUUUUCCUUUUUUUACUUCUAUACUUUUAAACUUACCAACCUACUGAGACUCUAACAGCACCUUCUUGUCUAUGCUAUGAGAAACAUCUUGGGCAAGUUCUGUGAAGCAUCCUGGGCAGGCCGCCAGCUGCUAGCUAUUAACCGCCAACUCCCUUCUAUACUUUGUUCCUGAAACUCCUGGCAGUCUCCACAUGGAGAAGCUCUUAAAUUGAACAAACUGAGCACUUUCUAAUUUUUCUCUCUUUUUUUGGUUGGGGAAACCUCUCCUUGUUUACUCCCCACGGCGACGCUUUGCCUGCUAGUUAAGCCUGCUGCAACUGGAUUUCUUAUGGACAGUGCCAAUCCUGAAUGUAUUGGAUUUGUGACCAUUAUGCUCAUUUGCCUUCUGUAGCAGUAAAGCUCUGCUGGAUGAAAUACAAUUGCCUCUGAUCUAUUUUGGGGGAAUCCUGCAACGCGUCUAAGUUUUUACUCUGCUAACUAUACGUUGGAUCUGCUAUGGAUCAAUAUUGAGUAGAAUUUCCAUGACACCCCCUACCUGCUUACCUUCCCCUGGCUUGGAGGAAAUCUUUUAAUGAGCCUGCUUAUUAUACCUCCCCACAUCUGCCAAUGCUCAGUUUCCAAAAGGAUUCAGUUUUCAUGCAUCCAGUUGCUUCAAACUGUGCCAUAUUAUCUGCAGCAGUUAGGUAACGGCUUCCAAUAUGAGAAGGGAGAGGCCAGUAAGGUAGCUGAACUCCCUGUCUGAGGUCCUUUGUUUCCAAGCUGGCUGGGAAAGAGGUGAGGCUUUUAGGGAAGGAAGGAUGCUCCCAGACUGGGAUCCAAUGCCAUACUGGCAAAUGCAGGUUGCGCAAUAACUUGGAGCUCUUGUGCAGCCCUGCUCCUACCCCCAAAGGAAAGUCUUUUUCCACUAAGGAAAGUGAUGGGGUAAUACAUUGGAAAGUGUGGGAUAACAACAUAUCAUCUAACCUUGUCACAAAUAAAUCAUAGGGAAUGCCUAGUGAACAGUUGACGCUGUCCAACUUCCCCAUCAACUAUGUGCAAACAAAUCGGGAUGAAUGCUCAAGAAACAGGUUGUUGGAAAACAACCAAAAUCUCCUUGGCAAUUCAGAAUAAACAUACAGGGGCACUCAACAAAGGGACUGGCAACUGUCUCCAUUUGGACUGUGGGUGUUUUGGUGUGUUUUAGGAUUCUGUUCUCUGAAAUCUCUCAUCUAGAAGUACCCUAAGGUUGAGGUUGGAUGCUCUCUGGAGCUGACAGCCUGUGUGUGAUGAUGUUAGAGCAUUGAAAGACCCACAGAGAUCCAGUCUGUGUGGUCGCUCCUGCCCUGGAGUUAAGCCUCUUCCUUUGAGGCAUACCAAAGCCUGAGCAUUCUUCUCAGUCUUCAGCAUACUUACUGGAAUAAAGCUCUCCUGCAGUAGUAAAUUGAACUUGCUUCCAAAUAAAUGUGCUUAGGCCUCAAUUGUGAUUGUGUAUGUUGUUCCCAGUUGCCUUUGCUUGCUGAGAUUCAGGCUAUAAGUGAGUUGGAUUUUAAUAUUUGUUAUGGUUUAUUGAUUUUUAUUUGUUUGAAUAGGCCCUUGUUAUAUUUUGGCCAUUCCAAGGCAUCAGGGUGGUGCUGUUAGCACCCUAAAUAGGGAAAAAUAAAUACAUUGUGGCAGGUAGCAUUGCUUGCCUACAGUAGGUUUGUGUUUUUCCCAGAUUGCAAUUUUGCAAGAGCUAGGGACACAUUUUCACAAACAGGAAAGGGACAUGAAAAAUAGGUUUAUUGCCUCCCCCUUCUUCAGUUUGUGUGGGAAUCGCAGAGAGUCCUUUUUAAAAAGAAUCUUUUCUUAUAUACACAACAGAUGUCUGCUCACUGACUGCCAAACCAGAUAAGGAAAGGAAAGAAAAGGAAACAAUCAAAUAAUGUUUUCCCGAAUUUGCUUUUAAAUGCCACUACUGUAGUCUCAAUGUGUUACAAUAUAGAUAGUAUGUGAAAAGUUAACAAUUGUGGCAAAACCUUUCACAAGGUUCCAGUCGGGUUUGCCUCCACAAAUCACUCAGAAAGAUAGAUACAGCUCCAAUCCACUUUCAGCAGCUGUUUUUGAGCAAAGAAAAAGUCAUUGGGAGCAUAGUUAUGAGAAAUGGUGGGGUCAGAUUAUUUUAAGUCUGCAGUAUAAUGAAGGCUGGGUCCAUCAGGCCUGCUCUUGCUGAUGUGUCACCUGGUACCAGUCAUUCCGGCAAACUGUGAGAUUGGGAGAGAUGGGAAGCACCAACUCCAGCAGGAGCCUUCAGCCCCUGAAUUAUGCCAAUACGAGCUGGUCGUUUGUAAGAGCUGCUAUUUAACUUUUAAAAAAUGGCACCUAAAUUUGCUUCCCCCCCCCCUUCUUUCUUCCCUGCCACUUUUUCCUCUUGUGUUUUGUGUAUUUAAUGAUAAACCUGCAAGCAGGGGCUGUCUUGUUUUGAUUGUAUGUAAGCCACUCUGGUUCAUGGGAUCCCAGAGAGUCGAACACGACUAAGACGACUAAACAACAAUAGCCACUCUAGAUGGAUGAGUGGAAGAGAUAGAUAUAGACACACACACAUGCAGAAGAACAUGGUACAAAUGCACCAAAUAAAUAAAGAAUAAAUACUGGGUUGGUGCUAAGGACUCCAUCUUCAGACUGUUGCUAUGUUAUUCUUCAUUUUCCUAUUCAUACCCUUGUUUGCUUGUAUUUCAAUAACCAGCUUAUGAUUUGGGCCUACAAAAAUGAGUAGAUCCAGCUUCCUUCAGUCCCUUUGAAUAACCAUAAUUAACUAUCCAAUUGGGACCUUCUGGUGGGCCUCACCAAGAGCAGCAUAUCAACCAUUAACUUGUAUAGGAGAGAUAAAACUGAUGCACUCCAAUGACACCACUGGGAUGGGGGUUCAAGUUGCUGCAGCCACUCAGAAUCAAGUCUGCUCCUAUCCACUGAGCCACGUGCUUAGUUAUGUUUCUUUCACACCACGGAGCAAGAUGAAUUCUCGGCAUCUGACUUUAGCUGACAUUCUGUACCAGUGGUUCCUAAACAUUUCCUCUCUAUGGACCACUAGAAAAUUGCCAAGAGUCCUGGUAGACUCCAUAAAUGACCUUUCUGCCUGUUGUAAAGGUAAAGGUAAAGGGACCCCUGACCAUUAGGUCCAGUCAUGACCAACUCUGGGGUUGCAGCGCUCAUCUCGCUUUAUUGGCCGAGGGAGCUGGUGUACAGCUUCUGGGUCAUGUGGCCAGCAUGACUAAGCCGCUUCUGGCGAACCAGAGCAGCGCACGCAAAUGCCGUUUACCUUCCCGCCGGAGUGGUACCUAUUUAUCUACUUGCACUUUGAGGUGCUUUCAAACUGCUAGGUUGGCAGGAGCAGGGACCGAGCAACAGGAGCUCACCCUGUUGCGGGGAUUCGAACCGCCGACCUUCUGAUCGGCAAGUCCUAGGCUCUGUGGUUUAACCCACAGCGCCACCCGCGUCUCCUCUGCCUGCUGUAGCAAUUGUUAUAUGCUGAUGUGGAUGCCAUAUGAUUUUGAAUUGUAUUUUUAUUGCUUCUUUCUUACAUGGCAUUUUAUUGUGUUGCAUUUUGAGUUCCAUAGAUCACAAUCUAAAAUAUAAUAAUAAAAUAGAGAAAACUACAAUUAAAAGUGAAUAUGAAUGCUUGAUGUGCUGCACCCACUAUUGGCAGUCGCAGUCACUGUGACCAGCUCCUUCUCCCCUUGUUGUUCACAUGGCACCUGAAUGAAGCUCUCAGACCAUUGCUGGUCUUUGUACCAGAAUUUAGGAAGCCCCUGUUCCAGACCCUCCAAGGGUCCCUGUUUUCCAGGGACAGUUCCAGAUUUACAGAAGCAGUCCCGGUUUCUGAUCUGAUCCCAUAAUGUGUUGCUUUUCCUUAGGGUGUCCCUAUUUUCAUUGGAUAAAUGUUGGAGGGUGUGGAAUAGGACAUCCCCAAGGCUUUUUUUGAGCUGGAACCCACCAAAACUCAGUUCCAGCACUUCUCAGGUGGGUGCCAUUGCCAUUCCAAGAGAUGUUCAUGGUGAGUUCCAGCACCUCUUUUUCUAGAAAAAUAGCACUGGACGUCCCUACUUUCAUCAGAGAAAUGUUGGAGGGUAUGCUGUUCUAUAUGACAGUGUUUAGGGCUUAGGUCUUUCUUGCCCUAUGUGCCCUCCCAACAGAGGCACAAACAGUUCAGUGGAAUGACAAAGCUAUUGCAAAGGGGCAGAUCAAGGAUUGCUGAGCUGCCCUUCUGCCACAGAUGAGAACUUUUGCCCCCUGCCUUUUACUGCAGACCCUCUACUUUCUUCCAUACAUGUCAGUGGUGACCUUUUGAUUUCUGUAGGGAAGGAAGUUAAUCGGUGGCCAGUAUUUGUCUGAGUGUAGAAAAUAUAAAGCCAGACAUCUAGAGCCAGGUCUUCGGUUGGUGCAUGUGGUUGACUUCCAACAGAUCUGCAUUUAUUUGCACUACUCAGCAACCUUCUGCUGUACUUUUGCAGUUUAUUCUAGUCACUCACUGAAAUGUCAGUCACGGUUCCCAACUUUUGCGGCUGUUGGGGUGAAUCGGUGAGUCACAGCCUUUAUCUUUGUGACCACUGGUCAUGUCGGGUCUGUGUUUUGCAGGCACAUAACUUUGCAAACCUUACUUCAUUUCCCUAGUGAAAUGCACUCUCUGUCAUAAACUGAGAUGGAUAUUAUUUCUUCUUCUUAGGAGAGGCGUCACAUCAUGAUAUAAAAACAAAAACCUUUGUUUUCUUGGCUUGUUUCUUUGUCUAUAUGUGUGAAGCAUCCUGUGGAAUAGAGGUCAUACCUUUUUUUAGGGAUUGUCCUUAUUUGUCCAUACCGUUUGUGAGAGCAGAAUUGUAGUGUCUCGUAAAGCUUCUGUCAGGCUUGCCUUCUGUUUCAAAUAUAUAGUCUGUAAGGGGAAGGGGGGGCUUCCAAUGGCAGCAAAGUGAAAUAGCAAAUGUGCCAAAGGGAAAGAAAGAAAAAUUAAAACCCUCAAAUACUGGAAUCAGCAUUGUUAGCUAGUCGCACAUAAUCUGAAAACUAUAGCUGCUGCAUAGGAUCAUUAGCAGGGCUUUAAAAUAAUCAAAGUUCUGCCUAGAAGAAACUGAGUUCUGCAACUUGAUGGAAAUCUGCAUAAUUUCUGUUUUUUCAAAAUCUAGUCUGCAUUAAGAUCAGCACAGGGGCUCCUUGUAGUAGUUCGACCACCCUCAGAAAUGGGGGGGAGUAUCACUGGGACCUUCAUUCUGUAGUUUCCACUGUAUGCUCCAUGAACAUACCUCUUUCCCCUGGCCUUUGAGCUUUGACACCUGAGAUACUUCAGUUUUUAGCAUCUGCUUUAUACUUGUGACUUUUUAAAUUGUUUUAAACCAGUGCAGUACAGGAUGUUGCAGAAGCCCUAAUUCAUACAUGAUGACUGAUAUCGUCCUGGGUGGAGGAGCGAGAACACAAUUAUCUUCAGAUUAACACCUGCUUACAAGGGGGCCCACUCCUGGGGGCCAAGGCACUGGGGGCUCCCCCAUUAUUAUUAUUUUUAGGAGCCUGUCCCUCCUCAAUGUUCAGAGGGCACAAUGUCCUGACAGUGCACAACAUCAUGUGCGCAAUGUCAGGACAUUGCGCAGGGCCUCCUCCAUCCUCAGGAGAAGGUGGCAUCUCAGUCUACUUACAUGUGUACAGUUGCAUGUGUAAGGGUCUCUUUCUAUGUGGCUGAGAACUUGGAAAGAGGCUGGAAAUACGUACCACUGUGCACAUGUGUGUCCUAUGCAGACAUUUCCUUGAAUGUGCAGAGAUUGUAAGUAGGGACAUGCUACCCUCCCAUCUCUGCUUGUGUUCACCAUAAAGUAGGUAAAGGUAAAGGACCCCUGGACGGUUAAGUCCAGUCAAAGGUGACUAUGGGGUUGGGGUGCUCAUCUCACUUUCAGGCCAAGGGAGCCGGCGUUUGUCCACAGACAGCUUUCCCAGUCAUGUGGCCAGCAUGACUAAACUGCUUCUGGCGCAACGGGGCACCAUGACAGAAGCCAGAGCGCAUGGAAACACUGUUUACCUUCCUGCCACAGUGAUACCUAGUUAUCUACUUGGACUGGUGUGAUUUCGAACUGCUAGGUUGGCAGGAGCUGAGACAGAACAAUGGGAGCUCACCCACUGUCACGGGGAUUCGAACCACCGACCUUCUGAUCAGCAAGCUCAAGAGGCUGAGUGGUUUAGGCCACAGUGCCACCCGCAUAUACCAUAAUGUGCAGAUAAGCUUAACAUGCAUGAAGGAGGAACAGAAGGAGGAACCACUUCAGGCGUGUAUUAGGGGUGAGGUGUGUGGUGAUGGCACCAGUAGUAAUCUCUGGUGUGAGAAGGGGCAUUACACUUGAACAAAAAUUUCCCUAUUGCCACCUGUGGAUUAUUGUAAGGUAUGCACCUCUGCAUGAAGAGGGAACCCACUUUCUUGCCUUUAGAGCAGAACCUUUGUUACACUGUGCUUAGAAUUGCCCAUAAGCACACAUUGAAAAGGCUGCUGUGCAGAGAUGCACCUUAUUUCACCCAUUAAGGUUAUAAGAAUGACAAGAUGUCUGAAGCAUGUUAAAGUUGAAGCAUGCUUAUUUGCAUGAAAUGAUCUUGAGUCCAUCUCUCACGCCUUUCCCCCUCCAAUGAUGUCCUACAAUCCUUAGAAAUCUCCUACUGACAGCUGAAUGUUCUUGCUCUCCUGGAGUGACAUGAGCUUGUGCUGUCUGGCCACUAGAGGCCACCGUGGCAUGUAGCAGACUAUGCGCAUAGGGCCUCUUUGUCCUUUGCUUUCCUGCUGAGAGCCAGAAAAUGGGGGGCAGCAGCCUGGGAGAAACAGAAGGGGGGAAAGGUGAUACCAAGAUGGGCAAAACCAUUGUUUGUUGUUGUUUGUUUAACACCAUCAUCCCAGUUUUCUGUAUAAAUAACACCCGAAGUGGUACACAGGAUAAGAUGCAACAAUAAAAAAAUACAACAGCCGAAUAACAAGCAGCAAAACAGCAUCAGGGAGAAUAAAAUGGAUUGUCAGAACAUAAUUAUCCUGAGGCAGUAGAUUGUUUCAUUGGUGUAAGACCUUGGUGGAAUAAAAGAAAAGUGUUUACCUGAACGCAAAAACCAAUUUUAGGGCACUGAUCUUCAAGUGGCAACACUUGAAGCCUCAAUUUCACACCUGAGCUCCAGCUCUUGAUCUUGGUUCCAUGGCUCCUCCGCUAGAGUCAGACCCAGCAGGUGGCAAAUUCAGGCAAAUGUGCUCCAGUUUCAACUUAUUAUAGGUUAGGAGGGCUUCUGUCUCUCAUCGUUACUCCACCUGGAAGUCAAGAUCUGGGAACAGAUCUGAAUUCUCUAAAUUUGAAUUUUGCAGUGAUAGGUUAUCUAGAUCUGAAUGCUUUAGAUCAGAAAGUGGGGCGGUUAUUUACUCCUGUGUGUGACAGGUGCUCCAGUACAGGAUCAAACUCUCCAAAAUGUGUCAUAGCAGAACUCCAGACAUAUGACCAAAGUUAACCUACCAGAGGAAGAUGGUGGAUGUCAUAACUAACAUGGACUUGUAACAAGCAUGAAUUUUCAUUCCUGGGCGUGAUGGGGGCCUUCCUACUAUUCAGGAAUCCCUCCCCUCAGAAUCAAGAAAAAAGUGUUCAAUGUGUUUCCAGAGGAGAAAGUGAUCCCAAACAGAACUACAAAUGGAUAACUCAAUAUCCUAAACUUUGUAACAUAGCAUGCUGUACAGAAAAUAAAGAACUCGGUAACAUUUGUUAGAAAGAAAGAAAAAGGAAUCUCUUGAACCUGAAAUAUCUAUCCUAGUAAGAGGCAGGAAGGAGGUGACAGGUGGUAGUCCUCUGUUGCCAAUUUCUGGAAGAAAUAUUCACAGUGAAUUAAAAUUUUAUUUUUUCCCCUUUAGCUGCACUGAUCUAAGAGUAAGUCCCACUGAACUCACUGCUGCAUAGGAUUGCACUCUUCGUUAUUAUUUUUUAAGGAAAGUUUCUUUUUAGGAUAAGGGAAUUCAGAAAGCCCAAUGAGCUUUGUGCUGAGAGUCCCAAGAAUUCAUCUUUAGAUCUCUGAUCAUUUUCAAAAUAUGUAUUUCCUUCGUUUCUGCUUCAAAGCAUUCUCCUCCUCCCCCGUCCUCCCCCAAAUCCUCUCUCUCUUAACAUUCAAAUUCUAAUUACCAGACUGGACUUUACAAGUGGAACAUAAAUAACAUUACAUAGAUAAUUAAGAUGUAUCAUUAAUUGGAGCUGGUUUCAGUGUGCUAAUUGCAUAAUUCAGCUGUCUGUUAAAUAGCUUUUCCAGUGUGAAAAUUACCCAUUUAUGGGCAAUGCUUGUGUGAGCAUCACACUCCCUCCACUCAGUAACAUGAGUCAACAUUUUUAGGUGUAGCUUCACCAUGCAGAGCUCAGUCUCUUCGUCAAAAGGCAGGUGAAAAUCCUUAAAGCUCCAAAAGAGGAUGGAUAAUUUCCGCCAUAGAGCUGCCAACCUUUCCCUCAUCCACCUCUGGCAGCACACUUAGACCUUCACAAGCUGUUUAUCAGGCGGGUGAUGUUCUUCAACUGCAUUGCCAUGUCUGGCUUGGAUACUGAAGUCCAUUUCAGGAGCCCUCCCAGCAAAAAAUAAAAACCAGGUACCAAGAGGUAUUGCAACUAAUUCUUGUUAGCAGCUUUUUGUUUGGUAAAACAUAAAAACAAUUCUCAGCUGAACUCUGAGUGAAGUCACAAAUAGAGUCUUCACUAGAGAGGCAAUGAUCCGUCCAUUUCAGCCCUCUCAGUUUCUCAUUUUUCCUAUCUUAAAUUCCAGUCCGCAGCCAUUUGCAAUUAAUUAAAAAUAAUCCUCAUGAAACUUUAGUCUGAAUUUCAGCCAAUAAACACAUUUUUUAAUGUCGUUUUGACUAAUGGACACAUUUCUGCAAGGCACUUCUCCUGAUACUGUGCAUUUUGUAUCUUAUUUUAAAUAGUAUAUUCAUUUUUAUGCUCGCUUUCACGGAAUGUGUGCAUUGUUGUAAACAUGGAUUGGAGAACUGCAGUUCAGAUAAGUGUGAAUUUCAAAGUCUGCCUAUGUUUUGAGUCUUAUAUUGUUUCUGAAUGCAUGAAGUGGAUAGAUUCAGCUUUAAAUGCGAACUGAAUCGAACUUAUCCUCACUCCAGACCUUCUGGAGUGCUUUGGUGUUUGAGUCAAUGCUUCUUCAGAUCCGAAGCCAUUCAGGACUUCUUCCAUAAAGAAAUAAUGUUAUUUCAUUCUCCAUUCACCAGAAACAAGCUGCAGGAUGCUGCAAUAAGAUGCUAAUCCAGUAUAUUAAUCUUACUCUGGAUUUAGCUAGGUAAUAUUUUGAUUCCACAUGUUGCAAUUCCUGUUGAAAUUCUUAAAAAUGUUAUGCAUAUCCUUUUUGGAUAGUGAUUGAGGGACUAAACAGAGGUUCAUAUUUCAGUGCUUAUGUUUUUCUACUGGCUCCUCUAGAUGUUGUGUUGCAAUGGCCCACUAGUUUACUUGAUUUUUAAGAAUGGAUUAUGUAGAUUUGCCAAGGCUCAUUAAGUGUUGCUUGUUGCAGAGGAAAUUGCCCUGGGAUGGAAGAUGGGAUCAGUGCAGGAGCAUUGCGUCUCAACUGUAGGGGAAAAUAUCGGUCGUAAAUUCCAUAAAUUAAGUAUGCAUCAUAUGUAGCAGUAAUUUAUUUUGUCUGUUCUUGAUCUGCUGCUGGUCAAUUUCACUGAAGGUACCUAAGUCCUAGUGUUAUGAGAGAGGAAGAAAAUAUUGGUCCCCUUUUCCCAUACCAUGCUUAAUUUUAUAAACUUCUAUCAUGUUUCCUUCCCUUAGUUGGCUUUUUCUAAACUGCAAAGUGGCCUGCCAUCCAACCUUUCUCCAUAGAGAAGGUACUCUAAUUCCUUCUCCUUUUCUGCACCUUUCCAAGCUCUACAAUAACCUAUUUUUUUUAAAAUGAGGCUACUGGAAGUUCACACAGUAGUUCAUAUAUAUUUAUUUAACAAAAUUAAUUCACUUGGUUGCAGGGCCGGAUUUAGGUUUGAUGAGGCCCUAAGCUACUGAAGGUAAUGGGACCCUUUAUAUGUCCAGCUGUCCUUUGUCAACAACAAAUUGUCGCUGUUUUUGUUGUUGAAUAUAUGCUAUAUGGUAAUUUAUGUACCUAAUAGGUAUCUAAAGCAAUUUGCACAUAACAAAAUAUGUAUUUUAUCAAAGUAAUUGUUGAACUGAAAUACAAUUAAGAAGAAGUAUAUUAAUAUUAAUAUUUUUUCCAUUAAUAUUUUUUUGGGGGGGCCAAGAGAGUGGGGCCCUAAGCUAUAGCUUGUUUAGCUUAUAUGUAAAUCCAGCACUGCUUGAUUUUAUUUCUGUGCUUGUUUGAAAGAAUAAAACAAGCUUCAAAGCACUUUACAAUAUAUAUAUAUAUAUAUAUAUAAUGUUUAAAUUCUCAGUUAAGAAACAGUCAAAAAUUGAUAUUUAGAAACAUGGAAUAGAUUAUUAAAAUAUUAAAACAGUAGCUAAAAAGUUAACACACAUGUAACUUCAAGAAGUCUGGAUAGGCUUGCCUAAACAAAAUGUUUUAAGCAGGUGCUGAAAACAAUACAGUCGUACCUUGGUUUGCCGAACGCUUUGGUACUCAUACAUUUUGGCUCCCAAAUCCUGCGAACCCAGAAGUAAGUGUUCCGGUUUGCAAAUGUUCUUUGGAAGCUGAACGUCCGACACUGCUUCUGUGGCUUCUGAUUGAGUGCAGGAAGCUCCUGCAGCCAAUCGGAAGCCGCGCCUUGGUUUUCGAAUGUUUUCGGAAGUCAAACGGAUUUCCGGAACAGAAUACAUUCAGGAAUCAAGGUACGACUAUACCGCCAAUGGGCCUGCCUGAUCUCAAUACACAGGGACUUCCAAUGUGCAUAUGUUGCCACACUAUGUGACUGAUCACGCCAUCUCUCCUCCUAAUGGCAAACUCAGAUGGUAUGUGCUAACAAGAGGGGUGGUAUUGGUUUGUUUUUUUUUUAUAUAUAUAAUUUUUUUUAUUGAUUUUACAGACAAAUUUUAUACAAUACAAACAAAUAAAAAGACAUACAAACAUGUAUAAUUUCAUAACCUUUUUUUCAUAACCCUCUCUUCUCGGACUCCCCCAAACCUCCCCUUCCUACAUCCCAAUUUCCAAAAUUAUUUCAGCAAAUUCUAAAUAAUUUUAUCAAAUAUAUUUUUCUUAUUUUUUUUUUUUUCUUCAACUUAACCUUAUGUCGCUGUAAUCUCCUUUUCUUUCUCCAAACCUCGACAUUUUAACAUUCCUCAAUUUUAUAAUAGUUCUUUAAAUAGAUUUUAAAUUUCUUCCAAUCUUCUUCCACCGUCUCUUUCCCCUGCUCACGGAUUCUGCCAGUCAUCUCAGCCAAUGUCAUAUAGUCAAUAACCUUCAUCUGCCACUCUUCCAAGGUGGGUAGUUCUUCUGUCUUCCAAUACUUUGCGAUGAGUAUUCUUGCUGCUGUCGUAGCAUACAUAAAGAAAGUUCUGUCUUUCUUUGAUACCAAUUGGCCGGCAAUGCCCAAGAGAAAGGCCUCUGGUUUCUUCAGGAAAGUACAUUUAAGUACCUUUUUUAAUUCGUUAUAUAUCAUUUCCCAGAAAGCCUUAAUCUUUGGGCACGUCCACCAAAGGUGAUAAAAAGUACCUUCAAUUUCUUUACACUUUACACUUUACACUUUACACAACACUUAUUAUCAGGCAAAUGAUAAAUUUUUGCUAGCUUGACUGGAGUCAUGUACCACCUGUAGAUCAUUUUCAUAAUAUUUUCCUUUAUGGCAUUACAUGCCGUAAAUUUUAUACCAGUGUUCCACAACCAUUCCCAGUCAGCAAACAUAAUGUUAUGACCAAUGUCCUGUGCCCACUUAAUCAUAGCUGAUUUAACUGUUUCAUCUUGUGUAUUCCAUUUCAGCAGCAAAUUAUACAUUCUUGACAAGUUCUUAGUAUUGGGUUCUAACAGUUCAGUUUCUAAUUUUGAUUUCUCCACCUGGAAGCCAAUUUUCCUGUCUUGUUUAUACACCUCCAUUAUUUGAUAAUAAUGGAGCCAAUCUCGUACUUUGGGUUUCAAUUUCUCAUAGCUCUGUAGCUUCAACUUAUCUCCAUCUUGUUCCAAAAUUUCCCGAUACUUUAGCCAUUCGGCUUCCAUAUUAAGCUUUUUCAACGCCGUGGCUUCCAAAGGUGACAACCAUCUAGGAGUCUUACUUUCCACCAAAUCUUUAUAUCUUAUCCAAACGUUAUAUAAUGCUUUCCUGACAAUAUGAUUUUUAAAGGCCCUAUGCACCUUGAUUUUAUCAUACCAUAAAUAUGCAUGCCGACCAAAUGUAUUGUUAAAACCUUCUAAGUCCAAGAUAUCUGUAUUCUCGAGGAGCAUCCAUUCUUUCAACCAGCAAAAAGCUGCUGCUUCAUAAUACAGUUUUAAGUCCGGCAGGGCAAACCCCCCUCUUUCUUUUGCAUCCGUCAGUAUUUUAAAUUUUAUUCUGGGCUUUUUGCCCUGCCAGACAAAUUUCGAAAUAUCCUUCUGCCACCUCUUGAAACAGUCUGUCUUGUCUAGAAUUUGUAAUGUUUGGAACAAGAAUAACAUUCUGGGCAAGAGGGGGGGGUGGUAUUGGUGCGCCAUUUCACUGCUCACUCCAAAUUAUGAAGAGGUUAAAUAGCACCGGUCUCAAAAUGUGUCCUUGGAGAAUCUCACUACUUAACGCCCUCCCCCCCUUCAGUUUGUGCCUACACUCUGCUUCCUCCGAUUUAUCAUCCCCUUGAGUAAUGUUGAACAAAAAAGACGCUCUUCUUCACACAGCACAUAGUUAACCUACGGCCACCAACUUUGACGUCUUUAAAAGGGGAUUACAGAAAUUCUCGGGGGCUGUCAAUAGCCACACAAUGGCUAUAUAUCUCCCGGACUAUAUCUUGCAAGCGUUCGAGUGCUUUAUUUUGCUUUUGCUUUGUCAUAGCUGGGGAUAUAUUUUCUUCCUUUGGGAGCCUGUGAUGAGUGGAACUAUAUUAGGGAAUGGAAGGAUUGUGUUAAUUGUUUAAUUAUACUUUGCUCUAAAUUAUUUUGUUUUUCAUGGGUUAUAUUGCAUAGUUUGCUAUUUAUAAGUCACUUUAAAAUGAUUGGAUAAAGCUGCACAUGAGCAAUAUUAUCAUUAUUACUAAUAAUAUUAUUAAUAGCAAUUUGUUUUCAGUAUCAGAAGCGCUGUGUGCCUCUGAAUACCAGUUUCUGGGGGAUGUGCACGUGUCUUGCUUCUGAGCUUCCCAGAGGCACCUGAUUGGCUAAUGGUAGUGCAGAAAGCUAGACUAUAAUAAUAAUAAAAAUUUAUUAUUUAUACCCCGCCCAUCUGGCUGGGUUUCUCCAGCCACUCUGGGUGGCUUCCAACAAAACACUAAAAUACAAUAAUCUAUUAAACAUUAAAAGCUUCCCUAAACAGGGCUGCCUUUAGAUGUCUUCUAAAAGUUUGGUAGUUAUUUUUCUCUUUGACAUCUGGUGGGAGGGCGUUCCACAAAGCAGGUGCCACUACCAAGAAGGCCCUCUGCCUGGUUCCCUGUAACCUGGCUUCUCGCAGCGAGGGAACUGCCAGAAGGCCCUCGGUGCUGGACCUCAGCGUCCGGGCAGAAUGAUGGGGGUGGAGACGCUCCUUCAGGUAUACUGGACCAAGGCCGUUUAGGGCUUUAAAGGUCAGCACCAACACUUUGAAUUGUGCUCGGAAAUGUACUGGGAGCCAGUGUAGGUCUUUCAAGACCGGUGUUAUAUGGUCUCGGCGGCCGCUCCCAGUCACCAGUCUGGCUGCCGCAUUCUGGAUUAGUUGUAGUUUCCGGGUCACCUUCAAAGGUAGCCCCACGUACAGUGCAUUGCAGUAGUCCAAGUGGGAGAUAACCAGAGCAUGCACCACUCUGUCGAGACAGUCCGCGGGUGGGGAGGGUCUCAGUCUGCGUACCAGAUGGAGCUGAUAAACAGCUUUCCUGGACACAGAAUUGACCUGUGCCUCCAUGGACAGCUGCGAGUCCAGAAUGACUCCCAGGCUGCACACCUGGUCCUUCAGGGACACAGUUACCCCAUUCAGGACCAGGGAAUCCUCCACACCUGCCCGCCUCCUGUCCCCCCAAAACAGUACUUCUGUCUUGUCAGGAUUCAACCUCAAUCUGUUAGCCGCCAUCUGUUAGACUAGAUGGGCCUUGUGUCUAAUCCAUCAGAGCUUUGCUUAUGGACACCUUUUUAAUAAAAAAUGUAAUUGAUAAUUUAUUUGCAGAAUAAACAAAUGAGGUGCUGUUGUGGUUGUUCAUAGUUUAACCUUAAGUAAAUCCAAGAGCUGAAUUGAUGAGAGCCUGGUCCUCGCUUCUAAAAUCUGAAAUGGUGCCCCUGAAUAUUAUGCUUCCAGUGUCAUUCAAAGGUGGUCUGUCAGUUAUUAAUUUAAUUUUAAGCUGUAAUUGAACUUUAAUGAAUGAAGUUGGGUCUUUUUCUACUUUGACAGGCUGACUUGAAUUCGAAAUAUGACCUGGGAUUUUGCAUAGGUCUCGCAUCUAUAGCACUGUCUGGCAGUGAAAUAUUUCAAAAGUCCUUAAAGCAUUGCUGGGAAAAUCUGAAGACAUUUUUCAUGGAAUAAGGGAGCUCCAUGAAUGUUAGAAUUAACUAACUAACCAACUAACUCUUUAUUCCUUGCUAUAAAAUGUUUCAACUAAACUUGCAAAGGCUAAUUUACAAUCUGAAAUUAUGUGAGUGCUGACUGAGGGGGCAGCUUUUCAGUUAUGGCCCUCCUAAGAACAGCUUACCUUGUGGCACCAACUAUACAGUGUUUAUUCUCCUAGACAUUUCAUCAUGUAAAGUGUGAGUUGGUUUUAACACUGGUCUUGUCGGUUAAACUUGGAUUUUUUUCUUUUUAGUGUUGUCUUUUAUUGUUCUCUGUCACUUUUAGUUCAGAUUUUAUACAUUGCUUUAGCAUUUUGCUUGUACGCUUGCUUUCCCUGACCGUUUUUUCUCCAGAUUACUGAAGGGCAAUCUGGACACUCCUUAAAUAAAUAAAUAAGUAAACAGAAUGAGCUGAGGAGCGUGAACCAUCAUAAUUGGCAUGUUAUCUGACCAUUUACUUAAUUAAUAAAUAUUUCGGUACUGCUAAAUCAAGAAGAAUGGAACUCUUCUCAAAAUGGUGCGUGUAAUAAAAUCAAUAUAGCAUUUAAAAAAUCAAAUGUAAAAACAAAAAGAUAAUUGUUAAGGAGAAGGAAAGGACAGGGAUACAAAGCCACACCCCAAAACUUUUAACUGUCUUCCCUUGCCUUGGAGAUGCAUGGAAGUUGUCAUUUUGUGAAGAUGCUGAAUACUUUCUAUUAGAAAUCUGCAGAAUGGCUAUUCUCACUGGUAUAGUGAAGAGGAACACGGCUAGGGGGUGGGAGCGUAGUUUCAGUGCUUGCUUUCAUUGCAGGACCAACCGGGUCAUCUAUUGGAGCAGUAUUUGUCAACAUUGUAACCUGGGACUGGAGGACAGCUGCAGAAGGUGGUAGUCAACUGAGCUCUACUCAGAGUAGGUCCAUUGAAAUAAAAGAACAUGAAGUUAGGUCCAUUAAUUUCAGUGUGUCUACCCUCACUAAAACGUAGUUGAAUACAUCCCAUGAUCUCUUUGUUAGGUAGGGUAGGCUCAGAUAGUCAUUGGCCCAGGGUCACCAGUGAGCUUCGUGGCUAUUCUGGGAUGUGAACUCAGGUUUCCCUUGGCUUCAUUUUUGUCCUCUCCUUGGAGACGUGGCUAUGAGGGCUGUCACAAUGAGCUCCUCUUCCUCAGAAUUUACCACUACACCACUGAGUAUUUUUGGUCCUUCUUUGUUGGGGAGAACAGAACAGUCCUUUGCCUUGAAGCAUAGCUCAGUCCCACUUCAGUCCAAUGGAUAGGGAUCAGUUUUGUGACUAGUGAUUGCUUUCUGCUCCAGCUUGGGGGCACUGUAACUUAUUCCUUAAAUUGCCUCCUCUCCCUCACUCCUGCUACCUCCACAAAUGACCACCAGUCCAUGGUGCCACUGAGAAACAACCACAAUAGGUGAGUCACGGUAUCAAAAGCUGCAGGUAUUCCAGCUCACUUUGCCAGCUUUUUCCCCAGGCUCUGUGUCUUGUCUACAAGUUAUUCUUGAUGUGUUCUAAGUAAUGACACACCGUUCGGAAACCAACGAAUCGUGAAUCAAAGCUCCUGGUUACUUUCAUAAAAGAGACAUUAGAAACCCAAAACAUAAAGAUCAUUUUAUCUUUAUUAACAGUUUAAUGCAUAUGAGAAAGCUAUUUGACAUUUUUUACACCUCAAACUCUUUUCUUCAUGCAUUGCUGAGCAGACUGCACCAGAAUUCAUCCACUUAAAUCCAUUUAAUAACUCAGUAGAUUCUCUGUCAGGCUAUGAGUUGAUGCCAGUAUAUGGCUUUACUUAAGUGCUCAAGCACCCCAUCCAAACCUUGUAUUGCAUUUGAACAUUACUGUUAGUAAUGAAAGUGUAAUUGGGGUCACCAUUAGACCAAUACAAAAGUUUCCAAACCUGUAUUUGUUAACAUUUUUGUUGUUUCAAACACUAGCCCAGUAUUAAGGAACCUGUGGCCAGGUGUUGAUGAACUCCAGUUCCCCUCACCCUGGUCACUGGCCAUGCAUGAUUGGGGCUAACAGGAGUUGAUGUCUGACAACAUCUGGAGGAAUAUUGGUUCACCUUCGUGAUAGAGUGAUAGGAACAGCAAUAGAGGAACAUUGUUUAAAUUAAAGGGUGGGGUACUAGGAAGAAGGGAGGAUGUGUCUUUGUGUCUAAUCCUUCCCAGAAGCGCCUGAGCUGGGUUUGGCCCCCUCAGCCAUGGCCAAGAUUUAGCAGCCCACUUAAUUUGUCCCAUGGAACAAUGUGACCUGUUAAGAACUACACUUCCAGAUGUUGCCUUGGAUCCAUGGCUUUGUACUCUAGACUGAGAAUUCUAGACUGUAACAAAGAGACAGAACCCAGGAGGUGGCAUAUAAGCUUGCCAUUAUGAUGGGUAUUAGUUGGAGGGAAAAGAAGCUCUGUAUUUUGCUGGGAAUCCACCAACAUAAGCAUACUGAGAGAGGCUGGGCCAGCCAGCGUCCAAAGUGGUGGAUUUGGCCUUCCAAAACAUACUAAGACAGUAGCUAUACUUUUUCCCAUUUGAAGUGGAUUAGGAAAAAGGAAUUAAGCCAGGUCCUUUCUCUUUGGAAUUCCAUUUAUUUGGGAGGAGCAGGAAUUCCAUUUAUUUUGUGGGUAUAGGGCAGUAUACUAAUAUGAUGAUGAUGAUGAUGAUGAGCCUUGGUUACUUUGGUUUUUUAAAAAAGUUUUAAUUAAAUUUUUGAAUUUAAUAAAAUUUAACAAAAUAUAUCAAAAAAAUAAGCCAUGGUUGUUAGUUUAUAAACCUUGGCCUGUGUCAGUCAUGGCUUUGGCAUUGCAUUAUGUGCGAAUGUGGCUAAGGUUAUGGCCAGCUAUCCAUUCAACUCGGGAAGCUAGAAUAAUCAUGAGCUUAAACAAAAGGAACUUGUCAAAGCUCAGCAACUUCAAUGAUCCUCCUUGAUUUCUCAAUUACAGGAAAAGGAGUGUGAAUGAGACAGAUGUGACUUUAGCUGAGAUAAAUGUGUCUUAA